AUGAAAUCCAUAGCGUUGCGCGCCACCAACAAGAGUUACUACCAUCACGGCGGUUACCCGACCGACUUGAGCGGUUACGCGGCUGCCAGGUGCCGUUCGCCCCGGAGCCCGGCCGCCGUUGCCGACGACAUGGACGACAUAAGCGUCGGCAGGCCGUCGCCGCCAGCCUCGCCCGAGUGUUACGCCCGGCUCCACGACCGCCACCACGACGACGACGGUGACGGUCCCAACUUGUCGACCGUCGCCGGCACCAACGAGGAUUGUUCCGACUCGUCGCGGUCCUCGGGCGCCGACGAUGGGGGUUCCGACUAUUUCGAACCGCUAAAGAAGCUCGGUACCGUCCGGAUCGAUAAGGUGAGCUACGGCAUUAGCGAUCGCAAGAACUAUAAUGUGCCCAAGCGUCGACAUCCGCCGCCGCAGCAAUCGCACAGGCUGCAGCAGACGCAACUCGACGGAUCGAUGGCGGCGGGUUGCAUCGACAUGAUGCAGAUGAUGACCGCGACGGCGGCUUACGGUUGUCGGGGUGCCAUAGCUGCGGCCGCGGCCUCGUCCGACGACUCGUCGCAGCCCCCCGUAGCCGGGGUCAAGUCGUUCAGCAUCGCCGACAUACUGAGUCACGAACCGUCGUCGACGGGCGCGGGCAAACAGCAACCGGCGACCGAGGACACGGCCAAGAUUGUCAGACCCUGGGCCGAGGAAUACCAGCCACCGUGUAGCUCGUUCGUGCCACCGCCACCGCCCGCACACCGACAGCCCGUCGUCGGUCCCCUGUUCCCGCACUCUCUGUUCAUACAACACCUGCAGCACCAGCAACACCAACACCACCAUCAUCAUCACCAUAACAACAACAACAAUAAUCACCAUCACCAGCACCGGCCGAAAUCGGCCGAUUACGAGACGUCCACGUGCACCAGCGGCCGGUCAAGUACGGACGGCAGCGAGUGCUGCACCAGUCCCGAAAUAGCGAGCUGUACCCAAUCGAACCCGUCGUCGUCGUCCGCGGCCGCGGCCAGGAAGCAGCAGGCGGCUGGUAAGAACGACAACUCGUCGCCGUUGGACGCUCUGUUCCAGAUGACCAGCAAAACAUUCGAUCAACUACACGGCGACCCCUCCGGAGCCGGUCAGUGUAAAUUUGGUUUAUUAUUAUCAUUAUAUUUUUUUAUUAUUUUUUUUUUUUUUGCAAUACUAUUAUAUUUUAUUAGUCUUUCGCCAUAAAUUAUUAAAGGGUCCGGAUUCGAAUGAUCCGUCUAAAUACGAUCGAAUAGUCCUCUACAAACCGCCUUUCAAUUAUUAUAAUGUGCUAUCGUAUCGAUUCAACAAUUUAAAAACGCCGAACGUGUCUUCCCGCGCCCCUUGAUGGAAAUUAGCGGCUAUCGCAAUGUGUACAUAAAUUUAUUGAACGGGUUUAUAUGUGCUCUUAAAAUACACAAAAAAAAUCGCUUAAAUACGUCAAAAUAUAUGAAAAAUAUUUAAAAAGCAAAAAUGGUAUUGUGGUUUAAAAGUUCCCCCCUCUAAUAUUUAUAAAAGUCAAAAGAGCCAAUAAUAUCACGAAUACCCGACUUCCUAAAAAAUAAUAUUUGUCUUCAAUAUUGUUCACGGGCGAAGCAACGGGUAAAAUCGGAAAAAAAAAUGAAAUUCCUUUAUAUAAUAUAAUUACCGAAGUAAUAAACUAUAAACCGACAAAAGUAAUUCUAUUCUCGUUCAAAAAAUACCAAAAACACCGUGUCAUCGAUUCUUAAGGAAUUAAAUUGUUUUAUUUGGUUUUUUUUUAAAGUAGCCCAAGUCCUUCCCCGGGGUUCGAGUUAUCUGCAUAUCGAAUAUUAACAACAUAAUAGGUUUGGCCGUUUAGCCGAGAAAACGGAACAAACAGCGAGUUAUUAUUUUCUACCAUUUAUAAUAUUAUUAAGGAUUUAUAAACCGUCGUGGAAUCUCGAAAGUUAGUUAAAAAUUGAAUGAUAUACUGAUAUAAAUUAUUAUAUCUCUGACUCGGGCGUGCGAAGACUUGAAUUUCAGGGAAUGCCUACAGUGUUUUCGGGUCUUUUUCUUAUAAUUCGGACCCUUUCUUAACAAUAAGUCAAUAAUAACUCGGAUAAAAUUUUAUGUUCCCGACGUAUAUUACUUUAAUUUUGUUAUAUUAACAAUCAAGAUUAUUACAAAUUAGUUAUCAUAAUGGCGUACGCCUUUUACUGGAAUUCAUUAAACUCGUUAAUAACUGAUUUUCUAAAUUCGCAUUCGUAAUUGCUAUAGUUCAGUAAAUAGAAAAAUUAAUUACUCGGGUACUUUGAUUGCAGUUUAUUUUUGUCAAUAUUUUAUUUUUAAAAGGCCCGUUUACACAAACAGCUACUUACAGGUAAAAUGUUAAAUACCAGCAGUACAAUUAAAAACAAUGCCUAUACUGCGGUCUAUUAACCAAUUUAACCACGAAAAUCACAGAUUUAUCAGAGAUUUCUUUAGAAAUAAUUUUGGUUUCAAUUUAUAUUUUUAACAAAUUAUAACGCAAAACAUGAUUUUUUACCGCGUAAUUUAAAAAAAAAAAUUUUACUUGGUGACAUAAUCAGAUAAAAUACGGACCCCGAGUCUGAGACUUUAACUAUAAGGUAAAAAAAGUUAAAAAAUGUCAAGAGAUUCCCAGGCGCACGCCGCAGCUUCCGAUGAUGCACACACCUAUAUGUUCUUGGACUAAAAAGAAAUAUAUUAAUAUUUCAUUAAAUCGGUCGACGUAUAUAAAAAGAUAUGGGGAUCACAUAAUUAUACUUAAAUAUACCACGCGACCGUUGCCAAAACCGAAUGGGUGGUGAAUUCUCUCGUCUCCCUUUUUCUCGCGCCAAAUGAUUUCACGUGAUAAUAUAUUAUAUAUUAUAUUAAUUAAUAUAAUAUACUUUUACAAUUUUUUUUUUGAAUUUAAAAUCUAAUUAAACGGAUAAACAUCGACGCUGUUACCAAAACGAAUAAUAUUAUAUUAAUAUAUACGUAUUAUGUAUAUAUAUAUAUUUCACCGUCUUUGAAAAUACCCAAGUAUACAAUGUAUCAAAUUAUUGGCCGGUGUUUAGAAUUCGUUAUUUCCCGUGAACACACAAAAAAUCGAGCAUGGAAAUAGAUAGUCGAAGAGGGAAUGAAAGUCGAAAUUCUUAAAAGGGCUUAUCCUUCAAACUUACACUGUGCAUAUAUUAUACUUGGAUCCUUCUCCUAUCGUAAUAACGCGGUUCACUUCAAUCCGCCCAUUAAACAACUCUGAUCUUGAACACAUUUUGUUUAAAGGAAAACGCUAAAAUGGUUCAAUAAUCUCAAUUUUUGGAGAAAUUCGGCAAAAUAUGAUUACUUAUAUACAGUCUAAUAACGCGAGAAACAUUCGGAAUAAUUCAUAUUUAUUAUUUUAUCUUUAAAUCCACAAUAUGCUUAAACAAAUAACAACAGACAACAAUAUAACAUCUAAAAUAGCAAAAAUGAAUUUUUAAAAGUCCUCUCUUCAACGGCUUUAACUUAUAUAAAAUAAAAUAAUAUUUAUAAUAACACAAAUGAUUUAAACGAAGAAAUUGUAUUAUAAAAAAAAAACACUGACAUACUCCGCACGGGGGUGCAGUCACUGUUGUAGAUGGGAAGUUGUGAAGACAGGAUACAGACGGGAAUUUAAUAUAAUAAUCUAUAAGCAACAAUUGCUUACGAAAAAACGAUUCCGAACGGAGUUAAAUUGAUAGCGUUGCUUUGUUAACAAUAUAUAUGACACAUAUACAUAUAUAAGUCAUAUUAUGGCUAAAUGAUUACGAAAAUGUGCGUUUCUAUAACAAAAAUGAUUGUUUAAAAAAGAUUUAAAAUAAUAAAAACUUAAUAAUAACAAUAAAUACAUAAAAACGGUUGCCAAUGACAAACUUAUUGUUUAUCUUUCCAUGUUUUUUAACAUAAAUAACCAGAUUUUUCUCAUUAUCUCGAAUAUUAAUGAGAAUUUCAAAAAGUUACCUCUCUAUAGAGUACCGCCCGGAGAACAUUUGCUUUCAGAAAAGGUGCUAUACCUAAUAAUCGAAGUAAGCUUUCUGGUAUAAAAAGUGUUCACAUAAAAAGAAAAUAUUAAUAAAUAAAAAAUCAUUGUAAAACAAAUAGAUUCCUCGCUCUGUUCAGAAUCUAAAAUUACCAUUUGUGUAGUGUUCGAGAAUUUUAUUUUAUUAGUUAGAGCCGUUAGAGGAGAGAUUUUUAAACCCGUCUACCAUUUUUGUAUUUUUAUAUUUUUUAAGUGCUUUUUUCAUGGCUUUUUUGUUACGCUCUGAAGCGAUUUUUUGGCGGAUUUUAAGCACACGCAUAUCCGUCUCCUAUUGAUAAUGUAUAUAUUAUCAUCAUGAUAACGUGCAAUCAGAUAAUAUAAUUAUUUUUGGUCAUUUGGGUACUUAUGUAUAUUAAUAUUAUAUGUGCCGCACGAAAUUAUUAUUAUUUUUUAAUUUAAUAAAACAACUUCGAAUUAAUAAUACAAAUCGUCCGAAGCGAAAAUCAACGACGGGCUUCUAAAAGCCAAUAUGGACUAGGUGCACGGUCGUGCGGGUAUUCGGAAGGAGUCCACGAGAGGUGGCGCGGUCGUCUUGACUUCGGUCGAGAAUAAUUAUUGUACAGUCGGGUACCUAUAUGCCCACCUACCGUAUAACUGUAACAUCAUUAAGAGAUUAUUAUCGUUUUAUAAUCUAUAAACGAAUGUAAAAUAAUAUUGUCUACGGUUAAUUAUUGUGCCUAUAACCGUAUUACCUAUAGGUACUCAGAUGUACAUGCUUUCGGCGUUAUCGUGUAUACAGAAACGAUUCUGAUUAUAAUAUUGUAAUAAUGUUCGAAAACGUUUUGCUAUCGCCCGCGAAUAAUGUAUAUUAAUAACAAGAUUUAUACAAUGAUGUGCGUUGUACCUGCUGCGUUGUUGUGCUGAUAAAAAAAAAAAAAAAGUAAUAAUAAUAAUAACGAGUGAUAUUUACAACUGUGGCACUCGAAUUUGGCGAGGGGGGAGGCGAACUGAAAAUUAUAGCGUUUUCCAACUGACUGCGCUCGUGUACACUUUUUGCCGACGAUCACCUGCCAUCACCAGUGCAAUAGAUAUAACGCGAAUUCCCUAUGUUUACGCGAGUGUAAAAAUUGACACCGUCGAUUUUGACGGUGUGGGUUAUAUUCGGUAAGUGUUUCGUAUGCGAUCCGUACUUUAUUGCGAUAACCGUUAUCAAAUUUAGGUAUCGAUAUAUUACGAUAAUAUUAUUAUGUUAAUAUUAUUACGAUCCACUUCAUAUUAUAAUGCCGCGGGUACAUACUAUUGUGUGGUGCGAUAUCACCGACCGCGUGUUGUGUACACGAGUGUAGUCGGAUGGAAAAUGCUAUUGUACUGCAGUUUAUAUAGAAACGGAUAUAUUAUUAUGAUAUUAACAUGCCGCUUCGUAUAGACAGCGGAUACAAAUUUCGAAUUCAAAAACGCCCUGAACCAGUGGUGUAUCCAAGGUUCAUUAAUAGAGGGUCCGAAAAAAAAAAAAUCAAACAUUAUCUCAAAACUAAUGCACGUUUAUUUCUUUUAUCAAAUUUAAAAAAUAUAUUUUAUAUAUACUUACUUAUAUAGUUACAUGAUGAAUAAAAUAUAAAAAGAAACCGCAUCCACUAUAAUAAAUUAUAGCGUGCAUAUUAUGAAACAAAUAUAACACAAAUUAAAAAAAAAAAAAAAAUACUACUGCUGAUUGAGGAGGCCAUGUUCUUCGUGCCCCUCUGCAGAUAAAAUAAUUCCCUAUACUACUCUAGGCGUGGAUAAUUAAUCAAACAAUCGCGAUAAUUAUUUAAAAUAUUACAAAACUAACAACAUUGUAUUAAUUUUUUGUCAAUAUUUUUACUCACGAAGUUGCAAAAACAAAAAAAACAAAAUCAAAGUUAUAAUCUACCUCUUGAAAUAUUCCGCACAUUACAAUAUCUCAAUAUCCUAUUAUCAAUUAUCGGUUUAUAAAAUACAAAAAUUCGUUACAAAAUUGAUUAGUGUUAUAACACUUAGUAAUAAUAAUAGUUUUAUUUAUAAUUAUAAACGUAUUUUAUGAUAACAUUAUUCUUUUCACGCAAAAAUUAUAAAUGUAUUACAAGCACUGAAGCACAUGAUAUUAUUAUCACAAAAAAUGAACAUCGAUUUGACACAUAUAGUGUUGUUGUUUUUUUUUUAUCGGUUUAUCAUCCAAAUGAUAGGCUAAAACGAGGUUAGGUUAUCACGUCGGGUAGGUCGUGGGGAAAUGUAAAUACUUUAUUAUUUUGUACUUUAAUAAUGUAUUUGAACGGCUAAAAAAUAAUAUAAAACAAUCAUGUCGAGAAAAAAAUGCCGCAAAUUGUAUUUCAAUAAUAAAUUUAAUGAAACACUGAUAAACUAUUCGAUUUUAAUCUGCAUUUCGUCGCGAAUCCAAAUUCUCGACUGCAUAUGUAUAGUAUCGAAUGAUAUCGUUUUAGGCAAUUAAAUAAAUCUCGGAUAACGAAUUCGAUUCCUCCACUCCGAUUCGCGCACUGUGUACGUGGAACACAGUACAUAGUAUAUAUUAUUUAUUCCGUGGUGUAGAUAUAAAUCUCUAUCUAUCUAUAUAUAUAUGUAUAUGUAUAGAUAUACGUUUAUCUUAAAGGGGGUGGGCUGCGGACGGGUGGUAAAAAAUGUCAGACUAUAAGGUUAAGUAUACGUGUAAUAUAGUGUAUCGAGUCUGUACUAUAGAUCAUAACCUGUACCCGGGUACAGUGGAACACACCUACGGCGAUACACCGGGUGUACGUGCAUCGCAUAUAAAUAUUGUUUAGGUGAGAAAUAAAACCGCCCUUUUGACGUUCCGCGGCCGCCCUCCGUGGCAGACCACCCUGUAUAUUGUAUCGCGUAUAAUAAUAAUACACCCCCGGCAGUUUUUCCGUCCACACGUAUACACUGCGCGCACAACGCACUUAAUAUUUUAUUAAUAAGUACUUCGCGUACGAAUAAAAGACGAGCCACUAUAGGUAUAUAAUAGUGGUUAUGGGUGUCUGGCCGGUUUUUCGAAUUUAUUUUCCAAUCGUGCAAACCGCCUUAAAAACAAGAUUUUUCCACUAAUCUGCACUACCCGAUAAGGAAAAGGGUACGGCCGUUUUUAUGGACGAAAAUGGCAUUUCGUAAACCGCUCAGAUUAACAAUUGUUUAAUAUUUUGAUUAUAUUAUUAUGAAUUGAAAGAACAAAAUCUUCUACAGACGAUAGCACAUUGGAUUCCGGAUUUCGAUUAGAAAAAAAAAAAACGAAAACGUUUUUCAGACAAAUAUUAUUAUUGCAAUACGGCUUCUAGGAAUUUGAGUUUUUGGAAACCGAUGCGUUCAAUACAUGUGAUCAACAAAAAAAUCAAAUAAUAUUAAAAAUAAUCGAAAUUGUACAAACGUAUUCUAGCAAAUGUUUUUUUUUUUUAUAAACUAUAUAUACGCUACGGGAAGCUCGGUCAGCCUCAAUACGUGAUUAUUACGCGUGCGCGCACACAUUCGGUGUCGGUGCGUCUCGGUGUCGGUGUCGGUGCAGCGGUUCGUGCGCACCGUGCAGUAAAUACGACAAUAAAUAACGCGAUUAAAACCCCGCGCAAACCCCACGCGUAUAAUUAAAACGUUAUUAUUUGUGUGUAUAUACGACGCAUAUUAAUAACUGAACGGAAUAAUAAUAAUAAAAAAAUAAUAAUAAUAAUAAUAAUGCCGCGGCACUAUAAUACACAUAAUAGUCUGCAAUAGUAAUACAAGAAAAAUUUAAUUACGUUACGGCGGCCGCGCGUGAGGUGGACACAGAGCAGAUGUUCCGGGCCGCGGCGUUUUUUCGCUAUAACAUAAUAUUGUAUUUAUAUAGGUACACCUAUUCGGUGUCGUUCGGUCCUGCUCGUCGUAAUCUAAUAAUUUAUGUAUGGUCUUGUGAUUCGAAUUUUUUAUUCGUAUGCCCCUUUUUUUUAAUUUUUCUAUCGCCACCCUCGAGGGGUUUUUUACCCCCCAAGGUACCGUUAUUAAUGAUGUUCCGAUGACUGAAUAAUUUACAAUACACACGUCAAACGCUACUGAAGUCGCUUGAUGACUACCGUGUAAAAUAUUAUAAUCGACCGGUUUUUUUUUUGCUAAUAUCGAAACAUACGAGUACAUAUUGUUGCAGUUUACAUCGUAUACCGCACUCGGACUUUGUGUAUAGAUUACAAAACGGCGUUAUGUAUAAGAGGACGCUGUCGGUUUACGAUACGUGUUUUUGUUUCGUAUAAGAGUAAGUUAAUUAUUUCCGGGGCAAGCCGAUGUCGAGAACAAAUAUUUAAAAAAAAAAAAUUAAUUGAAAACUGUACGCACUUUUAAGGUUUUUGUAUAUUUCCCAGUGAUGUCUGUAAAACCAAAUCUAUAUUAUAUGUGUGUAUAAGAAACGAACGGCACGAGAACAAGCAUUAAUUAGCUUUUAAUAUACAUAUAUAUAUAAUUAGGGUUGUGCAAAAAACACUAGCUCAGGAUGUACUUAAAAAUUUCAAAAGAAACGUUAAAAUACGAUAGUUUCAAUGUACAAUAAAUUGAUUUAUACGUUGUAUAUUAUACAUAACAGCUAAUAAAUUGUUAUACCAUAUUUAAUUGGAUAUCGAAGUAGACUUAAAACUACCGCAGUAAUGUGUGUUUAUUAUACUGUUCAUGUAAUGCGAGAAUUAAUUUACACUAUUUUUUCUGUUUUGUAGUGAAGUUUUUGGUGUUCUCAAUGUCAUUAUGUUUCUUGUGCCUCAAGUCUAUUAAGCGGCUCUCCAAAGGAAAAUUGAUGACAAUAGAGAUUUUUCGUAGCAAAUUUUGUCUGAUUGCAGUGCCUUUGGUGGCGGUCGUUUUUCGAUUUUCUUUAUAACAAACUUAUUAUACUGGUGAAAAACCGGAAAAAUGUACACAAUAACAGUUAAUUAAUUUUUAUUAAGUUUGCGGUUUUUUUUUUUUUUUUAUGAAAAUCGUCAAAACCGCAACAUUCAGUGUACGCACCAUUAACCGAACCUCGCUCAGGAUCGUUUUUCGUUAGCGACAAUGAUUUAUCGUUGCGUACAGAUAUUACGAAUUGAAUCACCUUCAUUCCAUGUAAAUUUAAACAUAUUAUUGUGGCCUACCUUCUCGACUUUUUUUGUUGGUUUUUUUUUUUUUUGAACUAUGGAUACGGUAACACGGUCGUAAUAAAAUACACAAUAAUAUACGCUUUCAAAGCCCCCGAAAAAACUGGCACGAGAUGUUUGCUGCAGUGUGUGCAGUAUAUUAUAAUAUACACGCGGUAUAAAGAACAUGUUUUGUUUUUGUUAUUUUUUUUUUUUUAGGUAGCCGUACGGCACUGGUAUAUUAUCGAUUUUCCCUCACUAAGCAGCCGACAGCAAAUUAUAACCGACACGCGAAUAUCGUGUCAAUCUCGUCGUAAAGCAGAAUUAUUAUUAUUUCUCCGGGUCCGGGCGUUUUAUUGAUUUUUUUUUUCAUACUUACGUAUAAAAGUUCAACGAGGGCUCGUUGAAUUUUUUCUUCAAUCAAACGUGAAUUUGUUUUAAAAAUAAUAUGUAUACACACAUUUAAUUCACUGCAGUACACGACCUCUGUAUAAAAAGCUCAACGAUUUAUACAUUUUUAUUCCGCAUGAAAAAUAUAUAAUAUUAAAUUAUAUAGGUACUUAUGCAAAUCAUUUGUUCCUAUGUAUAUAAAAAUAUUUCAAUUUUCUCCUUCGCAUCACGGCAUUUGCUGUGUAAUUUAGAUUUGUUUUUUUUUUUAAAUUUCGACACGACACACUUGGUUAAAAUAAUAAUAAUAAUAUUGUCAACGGUUGUAAAUUUGACGUAUGAUUUAUUCUUGUUAAAUUUCUCUGCAACAAUAUUAACAACCGCAGCGUGAAUUCAUAUUAUUUUUAACCUAUAAUAAUUCCUCUUUCGAGUUGAAGGAAAAAACGGCUUUUGAUUAUAAAAUAAAAUAAACGAGACGAAACUAAUUGGAGAAAAUACUACAUUUUUAAAAAUACAAAAUUUAUUAAUAUUGUCGACGGUUUUAAUUUAGUAUUUAUAGUAAGUUGUUUAUCGUACAUUUUUUUCUUGUUCUUUUCGGUCCGUUGAAGUCCAUUGCGAAAGCCAUCGCGAUGCCUCACCAUCUUUCUCUCUUUCUCUCUCUCUCUCUCUCUCUCUCUAGUAUGACCACUUUGAAAGUCGCGUUCUGUCUAACAAGUCUUCUAUAAUAUUAUAAAACAUUAUCGUAAGCAAUAAAAUCCGUUCAGCUGAUCCUGAAUCUUCUUGUUUAUGGUUUAAGUAUCACAUUGUAUUAUUAUCACGAUUAUUUUAUCGUUUUUAGUAUAUUAUGUUUGCGAAAAGUACGUUGGGUCGUAUAUUUUUAGCGCAUAAAAAUGUAUUGCAUAUUUUUACACUCAAUAGUUGUUUGUUUGGUUUUUUUUUUUUUAAUGCACAAUUCAGUACUUUAGCAGUGGUAGUAACACAUAUAUGUAUACAAAACGAUUUAAUAAUCAACACAAGCAUCAACACGCAAAUAUCAAGCUUGAUAGUCCUAACUUACAUAAAGAGGGCAAAUCGUAUUGAUACACCCACGAAAUAUUUGUCGAAUACCCUCAACUGUGAAAAUAUCAAAAAUAUUUGAAAUCACUUAAUUACAAAUCAUUUCUAUAUUAAUUCACAUAAUACACGGUAUAAAAAAAUAUUAUAAUGGUUUAUCUAUGCAAUAAACUCUUUUUCUAGUAUAUAUAGUAUAGUAGGCUGCCGAUUUUAUUAUAAAAAUAUGCGGACAGAACAUGUCAACUUAUCAAUGAAGUCCAAGAACUAUAAAGUAGCUGAAUUAGUUCUUGGCGGUGUUCUCGUCCAUGUUUUUAUUAUUUAAUUAUUUCGUUAUUUAUUUGACGGACAAUAUAUAUAAUUAUUAUGAUACAUAAUCUCCGAUGAUUAUAUAUAUUAUUAUUAUUGUGAUACUGUCAUUGGUGUUUGAACGGAUGUCUUUAAUAAACUGUUUUCGCGUAGGUACGAGAGAAGGGGUCGGCACGUCGUUUCGGGAUUUUAGCUUAAUAAAUCCUCUCGUGCGCGGCGGUGGCGGCGGCGGAUCCCUUAUCCGACGAUGCCAAACAAAACGGGGUAAUAAAAACAAAUCUGUUUUCUAGACGCGUCCCUGACGUAUUAUAUAUAUACGUACAUAUAUCCCUGUAUACAGUGCGGCAAACUUUAUAACCCCUCGAUGACACCGACCCGACGGGCGGUGAAAUUUAUGUCGGUUUUAGCUGCGAGCGUUUAAUGUGCAGUUUGAACAUUGUUCCGUUUCGCGUACCUCGCUUAUACACCUAAUCCCCUGCGCGUCGACACGGUGACGACGGCGGUGGUAAAUAAGAAAAAAAAAAAACAGAAAAGAAAAACCGAUUGGAUUUUCUAAAAUGCGUAUAUACUUAUUUUUAAGUAUAUAUCCCAUUUUGUCGCGGCCUUUCUAAAAACAUAAUUGAAUCGGCUCGGUUUUCAGCAGUCGUAUGAUUUGUACAAAGUGAAAGUGUAUGGUAAAUAGUUUAAUAUAAUAUAUAGGUAUCUGCGGAAAUAACAUUUUAACUUAUUUUUACUAUAAAUAUUUUAUUUGUAAAAAUAUUUGUUAAACUACAAUAUUAUUUUUAGAUUCUGAGCGAAGCCAGUAUUGUGUGACAUGUGCUUGUGUGCGUGUGCGUGUCUGUUAACAUCCUUUCUAUCAAAAGUCUUACUCCGAACAUUGAAUUCGGGGGAGGUUUCUGGAAGCGAAUUCUGUCUUGUUGGUGUGUUCGGCAGAUCGGUUUUUAAUUUUCCAUGCGAUAAAACUAAAAUGGUUUUUCGUUUUUUUUUUUUUUUUGUUUAUUCAAUUAUUUUAUAUUGUAUCGAAGAAUAUAAUUUGUAUAGAAAAUACAAGUAUUCAUUCUGGUUUAUCGCGGAUCUUACUAUACAUAACAAAAAUAUUGUAUAAUGUAGUUCAGUUGCCUAUGUUCGAUAUUAAAAUAAUAUUACAUGAUACAUGAAAUUAUAUUGUUUGUUUGAUUGUUUUUUUUUUUUUUGUUAAAAAGUUAAUUUUUAAGUAGAAAAUUAUUGCUUACUUGUGUUAAUAUAGGUCACAAUGACAGUACAAUAAUUUAUACAAAACUAUUACUUUUACCACGUACAUAAUUAUAGUAAGUAAAAUAUCGGUAUAGUAAAUCGAAAUCUUCAUAUUAUUAUGAUAAAGACGUAUAUUAUACUGGACUAGGAAAAUAAAAUGGUUUCGUUACUUUAGUCUGUAUCGAUUGCCCGUUGAAAAAUGUGUAUUAUAAACAAACGAACAAUAUUAUUUUGCGCUUCGAUAUUUAUUCGAGUCCACUAAAAUGUAGAUUCUUUUUUUUUCAAUUUCUCUGACAUUGGGAAUAGCACGUGUACCUAAUUUUCGUAUGCUUUGCCAUUCAUAUUGUCUACGCAAAUCGACGAGCACAUCGUAUCGGAAAUCCAUAGAAAUCAGAUUCGGUUAAUUUUCUGCAAUGAUGACUGAUGAUGAUUAUUGUUCGUAUAAGGGUAUUAAAUUCAACAGAAUGACUGCGUUAUUAUACAUUUGGUGUGUAGGAGUAACAAUCGACGGUUAUCGAUCAAGGGUGAAUUCGGCGUUUUUAGACGUUUUCCGUGUUUAUAAUAAAAAAAAAAUAUAAUUUCCUAAGGCUCAAUGAUAAACGAUUUCAUCAACAUCCAGACGAAUGAACAACAAUGCGAGUUUACAGGUCACCAAACAAAAAAUUCAACUGUAAAAUCAAAGUCCCCAAAGUGACGAUUUUCCAUGACUGUCGACACGAUUUAACACAUCACGGUCAAAUAUAUAUUUAAUGUUGGAUAUCAAUGCGGGCAGUAUGGAGUUCCGGACUCCGUGGACCUCCCCCCCCUCUGGCCCGUAAAUACCGCCCUGGGUGAAAUAUGACGACGGACCGGCGGCGGCGGGUGUACGCAAAACGGCGAUUAAUAUUGAAAUAAUGGAUUUUGACGUUUACGAAUAAUAGACAUAGAAAAAAAAAAAAAAAACCCCCGAAAACGCUUAUUCGGUCCGACAACCGCAAAACGCUCGCGCGCGGCCCGGACCGAACGUUUCGUUAAACUACGUGACGCCGUCCCGAGAGAUCGUUAUACAAUGGUAACAACAAUCAUUACGGUUACCGUCCGACGGCGUACGCAUUAUAAUAAUGUUGUGGGAACGGUACACGGUGGUGACCGGUAGCGGGCUCUCGAUGCGUGUGUUACGUUCGUGCCGGCGGUCAGCGGCACGUGAAAAAUGAAGCCGCCGCGGCCCGACCGCGAGGACGGCGACGCAGUGCGUUACUGCUGCCGGUUUACCGUGUGAAUCCGAUAAUACCGCCGAUGACGGCGGUCGAUCGCCGGUAAAAUCGUACGCGUACAACGUACCACCGCGCGAGCGCGGAGAACGAGAGAGACGGAACGCGACGGCGGGCACGAACCGAAAAGGAUAGAGAGGAGAAGAAAAAAAAAAAAAAAAAAAACAACAAACGGCUCCUGUCAUUAUAACAUCGAUUCUAUUCCGCCCGAAUCGUUGUGAUAUCGUGUUAUUACCGCCCGCCCGCCCGCCAGCGUGUGUUGCCACCGGUGUAAUAAUAUUAUCGCGGUGGCCGACCGCGGUUUCUUUUUCUUUCUAAUUUUUUUUUCUUUUUUUCCCACACGCGCGCGCGCGCGCGCAUAAUGGUCGUGUAAUAAUAAUAUUAUCGUAUUGUAACACGAUGCGGUUGUUCCGCGCGCACACGUACCGUCGCCUAUUACUACGGGCGUUCGUUGUUACCGCGCGUCGUGUUGUCGUCACUAUCGGGAGUACCCGGCGCGAUCUCCACUGGCGCGCGUAUCGCACACACGUAGCCGCGGUCGUUUUCGGUAGCCGGGCGGCAGCGCAAGCCGCGAUCGCGUGUACCCGUUUUGUGGCUUUUUUUCUUCUUUUUUUUCAUCGUCUUCUCGUCUCUCUCCCGCCCCGGGCAAUAUUCGCGGGUAAACGGUUUUACCCGCGAUCCCGCCCACCGGCGGUGGAGUGUUGUUGUGCCGCCGUCACGUGUUUUAUACGCGCGGGAGAUCGCCCGGAAUUCGGAGCGUUUCUUCGGUUUUCGUCCGACCGCAAAUCAUAAAUCCCGCAGUACCUUUCCGUUCGGUCGCCGGUAAACAAACACGUGCCAUUCCGGCGUCUGCAGUCUUCGAUCGAUGUUGCAUUCGCUAACCGACGAGACACGAAGCGCCGGAAUCGAUUUCGGGCGGAAGGUUCGCAGACCGAACCGAACGGAAGCUAGGUGUAGCGUGCUCGGAACUUUAUACAGUAUUUAUAUCCGUUCGCGUAAUUCGGGUCGUCUGGCAAGAGUCGGAUCGGAGGAAAAAAAUCAACCCGAAAAUAUUGUCUCCGGGCCCGUAGGCCCGCAUUUCAAAUGUUCAAACUUGUGUGUGUGUGUGUGUGUGUGAGGGGGCGGGGGUGUUAUCUGCAGUUGUCGUCUCCCGAACAUGUACAUUUUCGAAUAACGCGUCUUUGUUAUUCAAACAUUUAUAACGUCAACGGGCCACUGUUUUUAUUUUCGCGUGUAAACCUAUUCGAUGUCGUUUUUAAUUUUUGAAAAUUUUUUCCAUCCCAUCGCUUACUAGUCGCGGUUUUUUAUUUUCGUUCAAAUGACUAAUUUUAGCGAGGUGUACACCGCCGCGGAGUUAGCGCGACGGAAUUAUUCGCUAUUUAUCUACUCGUCUAAUCACACCGCCAUCGUCGACGGUUCGGUUGUAUCGCCGAAAAUAAUUUAUUUGGCCAUCCGUCAAAAAUGCCAUAGUCGUUUUAACGAGGCGCCCGAGUUAAAACUUUCGAUUUGAUGCACUCAUUCGUCGGGUAAAAAAAAAAAAAAAAAAAAAAUGAUGUAAAAAUGCGAUUUUUGAGUUAAUUCGGGGUGUAUAAUGACAUUUACGUUUUUACAUUAUGUAUACAUUCAAAUAUUGCACGCGUUUAUAAUGGAAUAUUAUUUGAUGCGAUCACGCAAUAUUAUGGUUUUUUUUUUUUUUUUUUAAUUAUAUUAAUAAUAAUUUAUAGGAAUUCGAAAAAUGAAUUAUAAAAAAAAAAAAAAAAAAAAAGUAUUAUAUAUUUGUUUUAAGCGUGUCAAAAAUUUAACUGCCGACCAGGGAAUACAAUAAUAUCGCAACGACACUGCAGCGUUUGACGCAUACGGUGUAUAACAACAUGCUUACAUAUCGUAAUGUUCUUUUAUUAUAAUAUCAUGUAUUUAUGUAUGUACGACUGUGUAAUUACCGGUGUUUGAAGGGGGGGAAAAAAAACCCGAACGGCGUUGUAAAUUAUAGGAAUUAGGAAAGAAAAUAAAAAAAAAAUAAACGUGUACAAGGUGGUCGAAACGAACGCGCGCGCUUAUAAUAUUAUAAUAUACAUAAUGUUGUAUAUACAGGGUCAAUUAUAGUCUAUUUCGAAUAUUAUUAUUAUUAUGUCAAACGCAUCUACAUAAUAUUGUAAUAACAAUAAUAAUAUCUCGCUAUAUUAUACGACCGAUAUUCUUUUCUUUUUUUUUACCAAGCCGAUAAAUUCUAAUCAUAAAUACGACGAGCGCGCUUGUCCCCGUGCUACUACUAAACGUAUUAUAUAUUAUGUCAUUAUGCGACGACGACGACGACGACCACUGCCGCUGCUGCUCCCGGUGUUCGAAUAAUAUUCAUUAGCGAUGUCGUCGUCGCGGAAGGAAGGGAGAACGGAGGUACUGGAAAUGAUGAACAUAAAAAAAAAAACAACGAAAAAACAUUAAACCUCGCCAAGAAUUUUCGUUUAAAAAUUAUAUGUAAUUGCGACGUCGCGACAAACUAAACAGAAAAAAUAAAAAAAACACCGUCUAUAUUAUAAGUACACCGGCAUGCUAUUAUAUAGAUAUUAUAAAAUUCCGCGAAUUUUCUCUUUUAAACGGUCGCGAGAACGCCAAAAUUCAGCGUUUGCGUAUAUAGCGGUUAUUUUCAUUCGACGUCUUUGUUUUUAAAAAAAAAAAAACCGGUCACGAUUUUACAUUCGAGUGUUAGUGACGUAGUAACAGUUUAACACAGUGUACAAUACCUUUUUAUUUUCAUCCACAACAGCAGCACACAAAUAAAACCGAUAACCGAUCGACGUUCGAACACACGCACAUUUGAUUUUCGUAAAACCGAUCGUUCCAUCUUCUGCUGCAUACCGCGUGUAUUGUGUUAACCGCGUGUUCACGAUGGUUCAUGCGUAUAACCGUUUAUUAACGUACGCGUUGAUGCGCAUGCGUGGUUUCAAAGCUGCGCGUCCCGCAUGUGAUGCGCAUGCGUGGUUUCAAAGCUGCGCGUCCCGCAUGGCCCGCUGCACACAGGAUUCGAAUUUCGAAACGCGCGGUCCUCGAACCGAACUUAAAAACGGUGUUUUUGCAGUCGACCGUUCGGUAAAAAUGUCGAGCCCUACGAACGGGCGUCGACAGAUACGAGUCGGGAACGGGAAACCGUGUUUGCACACGAAACGGUAUUUUUCUGGAAAUUAUCUCUUCGGAACGCUAUGUGUCCGGGUAUAACGUAUGCCGUCGGUUUCCAGAACACUUUCGUUAAGCGUUAUUUGGCUUGCGCGCGGCAAGUACCCCGUGAUCCAUACGCGGUCAGGUAACCUAACCCGACCACGCUGUGCUAUUUCAUAGCGAAUCGCGAAAUUGUCCGAUUGAAAUAUUCGGACGCGAGCCGGCGAAACAAGCGAGUGUGUGGAGGCGCGGCCGCGGAGCGUCGCAGCUGACGAAUCGAUUGGUGAGAAAUUCUCGUUCGACCGGGGAACCGUUGGGUUUUUUUUUUUUUUAAUCGAAUCGCCGGGCUUUUACGGGCCCCCUUCCGUUCGACUGUACAGCCCCUGUACGGCCCGUCAAUUAGGAACAGGAAACAAAAAUAGGUUCUUGCUCCGCGGUUUCCGAAUGCGCGCCCUCAGCCGCGCGUGUAAGAUAACAGGUUCUGCGAUUCGAUUGCGGGACGGGAUUCCCGGGCGCGUCGCGAAUUCCCGGCAAAUCGAACCACCACCCCCCCUCCCCCCUUCCCGUCGGAAUUCGCGGGCUGCAUUGUACACCGUGACACGAAUUAUCGCGCGCGUAGCGGGCCCGGUAUUAAUAUUAUUCGAUCGUAGCCGUCCGGUCGUCCCGGGCCCGGAGGCCGUUUCGGCGGUGGUCACCGGAGCAACGGGCGCACGUUAUCGCAUUGCAUUAUACGGGACGUAUUAUGCGCGCGUUGCAAGACGACAGAGCGCGCUGCGCACGCGUUUGCGGCGCGUAUAGCGUACGUGCGUGCACGCAUAAUGAUAUUAUAUUAUACACAUGCGUACGUGUUGUAUAAUAUAAUAUAGCGAUAGGUUAUAUUAUAUUAUAUUAUUAUUAUUAUUAUUAUUAUAAUAUAAUAUAGGGACUGGACCGAAACAAAAUCCGUACGAUUUGCCGGCGCGUUUGUUGUCGGCGGCGGCGGCCUAAAGGAGUGGCCGGACCGGCACCUUCUAAUUGGAAGGCAGAGGUGUGUGGUCUCAAAGGUACCGACAACCCGGCGGAGCCCCACCACCGCGAGCGCCUCCGCAAGCCGGUUCGCCGCCGCCGCCGCCGCACCGGCGACUUCUUCGCGUCGAUACACGUAUUAUUAUAUUACCGUAUAUUGUCUAUACACGUAUUUUUUUUUUUUAAUACGUGUAUAUUAUUUUCUCCGCGGACUCGUAUAAUAUUAUUAUUACUACUAUCGUCAUCAUAACACUACUUAAUAUAUUAUAAUGUAAUACGCACGCCGCGCCGCGUCUCUUUCGCUUAUCCCGGUCCGCGAUCUUCGGACAAUUUUUAAUAACUUUAUACGCGUAUUAUCGUAACAUUAUGCCGGCGAUAUCCUCUGCAGCGGUGCGCCGGCACAUCCGGACGACGCCCACGUCACGUCGCCGGCCGCAUCACAUUUUUUUUUUUCUUUUUUCUUUUUCCUCUCCUCCAAAACGGUCCGGAUGUCGAUCCAAUUAAUGCAGUCGGGCCGCUGUCGGUAAACGUUGUGGUUGUAUACGACGAUUUCGCGUAUAGAGAACAACAUCCCCGUUGACGCGUGUUAUCCGCGUGAAUACAAACGCCGGGAAGGGGUUCUAGUUGCGGGGUGGUGAAUCCGCCGGGACAAACGCGAAAAAGCUAUUUCACCCCCGACGGGUUUUCACGAAAAGUCGUAAAAAUCAUACGGGGGGGGGAGGAAAUAAAAAGGCGGUGUGAAAACCGCCCCCUCGAGUACAUUAUGAGUAUAGUAUGAAUAGUGUAUACAUUUGUCGCAACACCACGGCGUGAAUACGAUAAAAUAUUUUCAAAAACUGCGCCCGUAGUUUUUUUUUUUUUUUAUUACGCGCUCUCUGUCGGAUACGUAUCGUCAUCAUUCCGGACGAUCCGGCGUAAUUUGUAUUUAUCAAAUUUUUUUUCGCUCUCCAUUGUAAUAUGUACCUCGCAUAUUUCAGUCCUCGUUCGCCCGUAGUGAUGGAAUUUUCAAAUUACAUCCGCUACAAGAACGGCGGUUUACGACAACGAGGACCGCGCGUUUAAACGUCUAUUAAAAAAACGCCGCCGAGCUGCCCGCUAAAAACGAGAAAAUAAAUUUAAAAAAAAAAAAAAACCGUACAGGUUUGUUUUUUUACAACGUUACGGUUUCGUCGUUGUUAAAUACCGCGGUCUUGUUUCCCGGCGCUGCGGAACAGUAAAACAAUAAUUAUCGCGCUAUAUUUUCUGGGGAGUGGGAGGGGGAGGGGAAAUAAUAAUGAAAAAAUGUUAUUCCGCAGCUGCGCAGUAUUUGUUUGAUAAAUGGCGUCCGAUCACGCGUAAUUUGUCGGUAAUUUUCGGGCGUCGAUAUUAAUUUUCUUCAAUCGUUCGCUUCACGCUCCGGUGACGAUGUCUCUCUCUCUCUAUAUAUAUAAUAUAUGUGUACAACAUACCCCCGAGAUUAUCUCAAAAGAAUAUUAUCACGUAUCUGUUCCGUUUUCGUCGAUGUUAUUAUUGUGUCAUAGUGCCGCACGAGAACGUCAACAAUAUACGCGCGUUAAUAUUAUGUUGUUUUAACUUUUAAUUUCAUAAUAAUUGCAUCAAACGCGGCUGCAAUUAUAUAAUGAUAUUGUUUCCCUCCACUCCCCGAGGGAAAAGACAACGAAACGUUAUAGUUUUUUCCCCAUGUGACCGUGUAAUUUUUGACCAUUAACUAUGCAAAUUAAUCUUCUGCGUGCACGUUGUUACAAAUAAUAAUAAUAAAAAAAUAAUAGUAAUUGAAUAAAAAAUAAAAAAUGGGUUAACGCGCGUUAAUAUAUAAUUUAUACCGAUUUGUGUGUGUUGUUAAAUAAUUAAAAAUUUCGCUAAGCGUUAAAUCGUUCCGCGUGUUGCAACGCGUUUGAUCCUACCAUACCGCGCGUCUAUAAUUUUUUCUGUUUAAAUAAUAUUGUGCAAGAAUUUUGUAACGUUCGCCAUGUGCGUACCUACACUUCAAAGUCUGGUUCACGAGGCGAUGUAUCGUAAUUGUCGCGAAAUUCACUACCGCGGCAGUAUCGCACUAUCGCGAAAGUCGCUAACGUGAUUAUCACGCGCGCGUAUAAUAUUAUAGUCGAUAGCUAUCGUCUUGAGACCAGUGAUAUCGUACACUUCGGGAAGAGAACUCCGAAGGAAAGAUACGUUGCCGUUUAAAACGCAGGGAAGAUGUGGCUAGACUCGACGUGGUGUCCGAAAACUAUAAGGACGUGCAGUCGAUAGGGACGAUCGGAGGGAUAUCGACCAUAAUCGAUUUAAUGGCGCGAUACGAAUAUCAAAGUAUUUCAUCCGCGAUCGCGCCCCUAUGACUAUCGCUAUCCUUCUUACCGGGGACGUACGCAGAAUAAAGGUUUAGGAGGUGUUUUUUUAAUGAAUCAGUUAUUGAAUAUUAAAAUUUUUUUUAAUAAACAUGUGAAACAUUAGGUUUGGUUAAACCGAACACUUUGGGAGGGGGAGGAGGGCGUUGAUUGAACACCCAAAACACUCCCUUGCGCGUACGUGCCCGCUUCAUACUAAAUAUCGUUCGCCAACAAUCACCAUGGACCGGGGGCCGAGGAAGCCCAUUUAUUGACGGGUCUUGCGUUUCCCCCCCCCCCGCGUCGGACGUUAUUAUCAACCGUUAACCGAUCUCGUUUGUUAUCUAAAUAAUAUAUUUCGUAUCGGCCGCGGAAUAGUCGAGUCGCACAAACGUGUGCGGGCAUCGCUGUGUAACACACGCCGACGGCAACGGGGAUGACGAUGACGAUGCCGCGGGCGGGCGUGCCGUUUGAACGAACAAUCCCCGAUCGUGUUUUCACUUAUCGCAACGCCGUGUGUGCCCGCGUUGCCGCGGAGGAGUGCGCGAGCACGGCGAUUACUAAUAAUAAUAAUAAUAAUAAUAAUAAUGAUAAUAAUAAUAGAAGAUGACGGUAUACGCGCGCAAUACGGUCUCCCGUAAUCGGAUCUGGGUGUACACGCACCGCGGCCGAGAGACAAUGGGUGUAAUCAUAAUCAUUAGCCGACCGUGAAGAUUUCGCCGUUGCGCGGUAAUAUUACAAUGCGCCGCGGUGUCGUGUGUGCCUACGCGCGGCACGGCCGUAACGCGACGUGUACGACGGCCGGCUCUCCGAAACCGGUGUUUAUCCCGCGCCCUAAGUGGUUAAUAACACACACAGCGCGAGAGUCCGCGCGGAUGUGUCCGAAAAAACAAAAAAAAAAAAUCGAAAAAACACCGGACGUCGGGGGGCCCCCGAGAGAAGAGGAACGUGGACGGCGGCGGCUGCGUACUCUCCCGUACAAUUAUUGUUGUUCGUGUAAAUUUGCAUACAAUGCGGCGCGCGCGCGGCGGCAGCGGCGGCGCGGCGCGGUUUUCGGCGUACGCCGCCGCCGUCGCGUUAUUGUUAUGAAUAUUUCGAAAUCCGUCUGCGAGCCGGGCCGAACGACGAUAAUUACACGCCGGCGGACCCGCGUGCGUGUCGUACCAUUAUCGGAACCGAUUGUGUUAUUGAAAAUAAUGGAUAUUUAUGCGCGCGUUAUUUACCGUCCGGGGGUAUUACGAUAAUUAUACGAGCGGGCCCGUCUCCCGGGCGGCGCGCCGCUUUUCGAACGUAGCGCGCGGGAAACAUGACGCGGGCGCCGCGUCGUCACCGCGCGCGUUUCAUAACGGCACAAUCGGACCGUCCCGUCGUCGCGGCACGUGACGCGUUCCUACACCGCCCGCACCUGCCCGCCCGCUCGCAUUCGCGUCCCGUCAGUCGACCGCCGUUAUCAAUCGAUAACAGUGUAAUUAUUGUUCCGAUCGUCGUGUUGAUUGAACCGCGCGUACCGGGUUUCGUUGUUAUUGCCGCCCGCCCAUCCGUCUCGCGCACGACGUACGGUUUCCAGCGCGGACGCGCGUUGGUUUUCGGGCGCGCCCGCGUGCGACGGGUCGACGCUCGUCACGACGCGGCGUUUGCGCUCGGCGUAUUUCCGAUCGACAUUUCCCAUCGGUCGUUAUGUUUCCUCGUGGUUCGGAAUCCAUGCCGAGGAUAAGACCUCUUGCACUCGAUAGUGCAGAGGACAAUUAAUAUUCCAUUCGUAAUCCCGUGUGCCGCCCACCCGUCUGUUCUGUCGAAUUUCCGAAGGUAUAACGGUUGUGUGUAGUCUGUAUUGUUUUUGAACGAUAAAAUCUCGUUACCGCGGGUUCGGUCGUUUCAGAAGCCCCUUUCCCACUUAACCCCUUCGCUACUUUGUUUGACCACCCGAAGACAUUAUAGGUCUGAGGAAAUCCCCUACUGCACCUACACGUGCAGUCGCCGACCCGAUGUGCGUACAAUGUUAUUACACAAUAGUAAACUACUAUCUCGUGCGAGUAUCUAUCGUAUGAUACGAAACUGAGGGAAAAAAAAAUAUGUUUGUUAUCGCGAUGACAUUAAAGACGGAGAUUUUAAAGAUACGUAAUAUAUAAGUACUCUCUCUCGGAAACAAUCUCUCGCGCGGUCGUGUAGCAAAUGUGAUUCAUCACGAAUAUUAUUAAAAUAACGCGUAUGGAAGAUAAAAAAAAAAUAAAUAAAAAUACUACAUAUUAGUGGUCCGGUUGAUAUCUACACGUCGUCAUCGUAAUGCGGUAAUAACAUUGUACUGCUAUUUUUAUGUAUAUAAUGUAUACAUUUUGUGCAUAUCCUUUUAGAUUCUGAACGAAGCGAGAAAUGUAUAGUACUUUUAUUAUUGUGAUAUGUUUUUUAUAAACAACUUUUCCACCAGAAAUCGCAUUCCGGUCAAAAACUUUAUGUAGGAAUUUUUUUGUGGUUCCAGUCGGUGCGUUGUGGUGGUUGUAAUUUGAUUUUCCUUGUAGUUUUCCCAUAAUGAAUGCGAAAAAUUGGAAAUUUUUUCAGAAAUCAACAAAAAUUGUAGUUACGAUUACCAUUUUUUCCGACUUAUUUGGAAAACUUCAAGAAGAAUAAAAAAUAACCUCCUUAAUGCCCUAACUAUAUCAAAUAUUCUGUAAGAAGGUUUUCAUGAAGUUUAUAAUCGAAGUAAGAUUUAUGGUAGAAAAUUUGUUUGCAGACACAAAAAAAAAAAAAAAACAAAAAUUAAAUUACUCUCUAUGAAUAUCUUUCUUUCCUUUCUAACUUUCCUCCUGAAUCGUCCAUCAUCAGUAUCGGCCUUUUUUUUUUUUUACUCUUAAGAGACCGCAACACUGCACGCGCCAAAGCUUUUGUGUUGGGGGUAUUUUUUUUUCUGAAAAAUAAUCACCCCUUGCAACGUGCAAGACCAUCGCGGAAAGAAUGAGAAACAAAAGGGCUGCUGCAGUGUAUAUUUUAUAAAGCGCGUAUAAUAACAUGGAAAAAAAACACGUGUAAUAUACACACCGCCGCCGCCGUGAUCCGAGAGUUAUAAUAAUAGCCGGAGGAGAUGCGCGCACACACGCGCGAGCCAACGUGUACAGAACAUACAGGGUGUGUCUUUUAUCACAAAUCAUCCCCGGUAAUCUAUACGCACGUGUAUACAAAGGUAUCGAGUAAAUUCCAUAGUUUUUUUGUUUUUCCAUAAUAAUUACGAAAUUCUACUCUAGUCUUCCGCCCGUGUAGGGGGCCCGACCGUCAACAUCACGUAUCGGCCAUCGGUUCUCGAAUAAUUUCAAAUUUCAAACCGGCAUUGAAAAAGAAAACGAAUUAUAUAAAAGUAUAUAGUGUACACAUUUCCGAAUGAGCGUGUUCUGUUACGCGAUGUUAUCUAUUUUAAAAUAGGUUUUUAGAAAGGGCGGUGGAACGAUCAAACGUGUUUACUAAUGCCAAUCGGUAAUUACGCGCCGAGCGUUUGCGAUGUCGUCUACGGAAUGAGACGUUCUUACAGUUUUUUACACUCGGUCACGCGGAACGGGGUGGACAUUUUUGAGAAAAUUCUAUCGCGCGUAAAAACAUAAAAAAAAAAAAAAAAAAAAAACAAAAAUCCGGCCGAAUUUUCCCGAAACGCCGUUCGCGUAAAUAUAUAUUGCGAACGGGAACGCGUCGUGUAGUGUCACACACGCGUGUACCGCGGCCCCGUUCGAGACGGUGUACAAAAUGAUCACCCUGUAUAAUAUUGUGUACGCACGGGCGGCGGCCGUUUGCGCAAACACAAAUUGAUCCGCUACCUAAAUCCUAAUGAACCGCCGCCGCCGCCGCCGCCGUUGUAUUAAUCAUUUCGUUAUGUACACAUCGACGGCGAGUAUUAUUUUCUCGUCGUAAUGAACACCGCCGACACGGCGGCCGCGCCAUCUCUAUAACACUAUUACGGUCCGAAACGCAAGAGCGCAAUCAUUAUUGUUAUUAUUAUUAGACGGAGAUAUUUUUUUUUUUUUUUUAUCCUGUUUAUUUUCUCCGUUGUUCCACCGAACUCCGGCCGGCCGUAAUCGUAUAGCUCUUCCGUCCGCCCGUCCGUCCGUCCGCCGCUCCGGUACGGGACGCCGCGAGAAAUUCUCGAUCGCGCCGGCCGGGACGAUUAGCGACUAGUAGGGACUAAACAACGGGCCCGGACACAACCGGCACGCCCGGAACGCGCCGCGUCGUUAUCACGAUACAAUUACAAUAUGAUAUCGUGUAGAGUACGAUAGCGUCGUUACAUUAUUGCUGCUGUCGUUGUUGUUGUUGUUAUUGUCGUUAUUGUUGUUAUUACUACUACAGAUAUCGUCGCGCCGAACGGAGACGGCGGCGGUAGACUCGCUCGGUCAUCGCCGUUGUUAACGUAACGAUAUCGCGUUAUUAACGGGCGGGGGGACGGGGACGCGGGACCGAUCUGGAUGCUACGGCCCGGGCUGUAAAACGGGAUAUCACGGUAAUAGCGUAAUUGAGACGUAAUAACGGCCGCGGCGUCGUUCGGCUUUUCGUGUUCAACGCGACGCGCGCGCACCCCGUACACAACACAAUGCGCAUACACACGUGUUAUUAUUGUUGGAUAAUAUUAUUACCGGUGUACUGACUACCGCGCUAUUACGAUAAUGUUGCGCGCACUCGUAGUACGCACUUGUUGUUACACUUUACGACGGCCGCGACUUACUCGCGCACUCGAUAUCGUUGUUUCACUCGUGCCGCGCUUACGGCGCCAUUACCGGCCGCCGCACUAAUAACACUAAUACUACACUAAUUAUACGCGACGACGCUGGGCUGUCGUACACGCAGUACCACAACAACAACAACAACAACAACGUCGUACGCUCCGCGCGGUAUAAUCGUACGUAAAUACUAAUACCAUACGCCCCGACCUCCCGCCCCCCCCCCAAAUGUGACGCGUCUCGUAAACGGACCCCGGUAAUUGCAGUCCGGGCCCCGUCUGUUUUUAUUGUACGCUAUAUUGUACAUAUGUAUUAUUUUAUUAUUGUUAUUAUUAUUUUUUUUUUUUCCCCGUUUUUAUAACACUAUCGCCGUAGCGUAAUUAUUAUUAUUAUUAUAUUAUUGCGCGUGUGUACGGUGCCCCGUCGUCGUCGCCGUCGGCAUACCCGCUUUUGUACGCGGCGCACAUAGACGCGCGCGACGUUUCCGAAGAGGACAGGACCGCGUAUUGCGCGCGCGCGCGUGUGAAUCGUUAAAAUCAACCCUAAUAAUAACGCGACGGCGACGAUAGCGAACUUAAAACCGUGUUACGGGUACGUGAUAUUAAAUUUUAUGUACGUGAAAAGGACCGCGCGUCGGCGAUUUCUCCUUUUGCUUUUAUUCCGAUGCGUCGUAAUUUUCGGGGGUUUUUUUUUGUUUCCUUCCAAAACCCUACACACGUGCUGUCUGUCGCCGCAACAAUAAUAAUGUCUUUUGUGGACACGCCGCCGACGCCGACGCCGCCCGACGGGUCUUUAUACGAUACGUACCCCGGCGGAACAAACGCGACACGGGCAGAUACGUGAUAAUAAUGUACGCGUAACAAUAAUAAUAAUAAUAAUAAUAAUAACAAUAGCAACUAACGAUUUAAUGGUACCUAUACAAUGUUUACGAAUAACGAUAAUCCGGAGAACGGCGAUCGAGAGCGGUCGACCUUUUUACCGGUAACGCCGCGUCUCGGGGCCGGGGCACUCAUUCACUGUCCGCUCGCGGGUACGUCCCGGCCGAGCGCGCGGGGCCCCCGCGAAAAUUACCCGGUAGAUUUCGACCCCGGUCGACCCGGGUUUAAUCCCGCCGGUCGUAUUGUCGCGACCGGUUUUUCCGCGCACUUCCCCGUCGGGAACCUAACCGCCCCUUAUCCGCCGUUUCGCCUAAGCCCGUCGCGGUUUUACGUAGGCGUUUCGGGCUUUACGCUUCGGACGCGCGGUAUCUCGAGUACCGACGGACAACAAAAGAGUAUGUACAAUUAAAAAAAAAAAAAAAACAGACAGGUCUUGGCCGCCGGGGCGCGUAUAUUUCCGCCGCUCGAACGAAAUUUAACGUCCGUCGGGAUCCUCGCCGAUUGUUCGCGAGCGUGGUCACUCCGGUAUUACAUAUAAAUGUAACGGGUCUACGGGUACGGUGAUCGAGUCUCCGGGGCCGUCGAUAAGCAACGAGAAGAACAAAUGUUUUUUUUACACGCCAAUAGAUGAGGUAAAAUGCGAUCUGGUGACCAGGACGGGCGUAUGGGCCCGGUCGCGGUAUCUUUUGGUGGCGACUUUUUUUUGUUGUUGCUUGUCUGUCUCCGGGUCGGCCAUCUUUCAAAAUCGUGUCGCAGCCGUGCCCGUAAUCGAAAUGCCCCGAUAAUAUAAUACAGUCGAAUAAAAUAUGCAAUAAUAAUUGGAAUGUCUAUUUAGCCCCGUUCAACUUGUUGUGCGUGCACUGUUAUAAGCGAAAUCGCACCGGGCCGAAAAAAAAUGUGCCCAUCCACAAUUAAAAAACUUUACGGUUUUAUCGACCGUGAACGCGAAAACAACAACGGAAUAAGAAAAAAAAACGAAAAUCACGACCAGUUUAACGGCGAAAAAUAAAUCGCCUUUUCGAUUUUUUCCUAUAUAAUAUUUUAAACGGGCGACCGUUUUUUUCCCCCCCGUCGUCCCUUUCCGCCUCCCGCUGGCGACGACGCGCGUUCGUCCGAACGGAAAUAAUUCCCGUCGAGAAUUCCUCGUUCCUCCGUUUCGACGACGACGACGACGAAUCCGAUAAGUAUGCGGCGUCACCGGGAUUAUUAAAAUUUCUGAUUUGCCAAUUGGUCUCGCGCCGAUGUGCACACGCGAAACCGAGCCCCCGUCGCCGUCGUCGCAGCGGCUUUGCAGGCGGGUCGCGCGCGGGGUCGUUUGUCAACGGGCGUGUUGUUGUCGCCGCGGGCGUCGGCGCGUUUAAUGGGAAACGGGUCGGAAAACGUGACGACGUCACGCGGGCCCGUGCACCACCGCGGUACGCUGCGCGCACCGGCGGCGGCGCCUCGUCGACGGGCGUGUACGUGUGUAAUAGAUUUUCCUCUCGCAUACCUCUCGCCGCCGUCGCCGUUCACUUUGCGCAAGCUAUUUUCCGGACGAUUAACCCGCAAUCUAGUUUGCGACGCGCGAGGGUGGCGCGCCACCCCCGGCCGCCGUCGUGUUACGCACGCGUCGGUCGUCUUCGGGUAUUUCGCUAACAAAGCGCGGCCCGGAGCUCUUUUUAAAACGAAUUCGCGCGCGUUUCCCCCCCCCCCCGCCUCUCGAAGCCCCGCGUCGUUUGUUUUCGCGGAGAGUUUUUGCGGCGUCGGCGGCGGCGGUGGAGGAGGAGUAGGACGACUACGACGGCGAUAUAAUAAACACGGUCGUUUCGUCCGCGGCUAUCUCUGUUUUGUAAACUGCCGUAAAUCAAAAAAACACCCGGUAUACCUAUGUACGCGUUUACUGCACGUAAUAAUAUAUAUAGCAGCUACACCCUCGGAAACGUUUAUUGUUAUUUUUUCCGUACGCGGGGCUUUCAUUCCCGUCGCGUUCUCGACGAGCACGAACCGAAAGUCGUUUUGUUUAUUUUUUAUUAUUUUUUUUUUUCUAUCCUUCGCGUAGCUACCUACAUCAAUAUAGUGCAGUGCACAUGCUUUACCGCUGCAGUAUAUACGACCCAUUAAACCCGCAAUCAAAGCCGCGAACUAAUGAAAUUAAUCCGUUCGGGGGGGGUAAUUUAAAAAAAAACCCCAGCCGGCGACGAGAAGCGACGAAUCGAUUUUAAACGCGGGAUGUAUCAACGACAUAUAGGUGUGUGCCGGACUCCGGGUUUGUGCGCUUUUGUUCACGAUUUCAGAUUUCGGCGUUAUUUUUAUGCACGAGUACAUAAUACUAUAAUAUCGUCAUUAGUUGUUCUUGUUUUGUAAUACGUAUAUUAAUGAGAUUUCAAGAUAAACAGGCGAAGCUCAGACAAUUAGAUUUUAAGACCAGAUUGAGCUACGAAAUUAGGAAUGUGUCCAAUUAUUAUACUUCUAUUAUUCGCCGAAAGUGCGUUCAUAAAGGAAAAUUUGAUCCCGAGAGGAGAAAAAAGAGAACAUUUGAAAACCUAUAAAAAAAAAAAAAAAUUUCAUGUAAUAUCACGUGCAUCCCUCGCCUCGAAUCGAAUCUGAAAUUCUCGUCGAAUCGCACAAUCGAUCGCGCUGGGUCUAUAGUGACAAACGUUACCUACCCGGGCGAACCGGCCCGAUUCGUUUUAGUUAAAACGAUUUUCGCAAAAUAUUACACGGUCGCGUUGCAUCAACUGUACGUUGCAAACAUCGGCCGACUUCUUAUCGGUUGUCAGCAGCGCCUAUGUUCAGCGCGCGGUUACAAUCGAUAGUCCAUUUCGUGUACCCGCUGCAUGGCCGGACAACAUUGUCUUAAAUACAACAAUCGUAUCUUGUGUCGCGACACAGUUGUGGGAAGUAUCGAGGGUCUUUAUAUACAUGUAUAUUUUAUUUUUAUUUUCGGGAUAUUAAAAUCGCGGUGUAUCCGGUAUCGGGCAACUCGAUAUUUCCGAUUGUUCCGUUCCGUUGCAAUAUACCCGUUCGUUCCGUCCGAAAGGCGUUGAAAAUCAAUAUAGUAUCGGUUGUUGUCUACGAUAAUAGACUGCCGUCUCGAUGUAUCCCGAAGUGUUCGAAAGCCCCCGAGCGUAAAAAACCUAACGCAAUAAUACGUCCGUUUGACAUCUCUGCGCCCAUAUAAAAUAGCACGUCCUGACCGACUGGCCAAUCAUCGCUCGGCCCAAACUGCUGGACGGAACGGGCUGAAAUCCGGCGCACAGACAGCUAUUACGACGCGGGCAUCCGCCGAAAAUGGAUUUUCCGAAAAUUCCGACCCCCGGACGGGCCGAAAUAUACGCGUUUGGGUAUUUUCGUUUGUUCGCGGGGUUACCCGGGCGACGUGGACGGCAAUUCCGGUUUUACGGACAAGAAAACCAAUUGCUAUUAUCACUAUUGUCUGCGCUAUUAUCCGGCAACGGGGCGGGUGCGUCGCCGGGUCCGCCCGUACGACAAUCUAUAGCGCGUUGUCGCGUAUCGGUACGUAAACGGCACUGACGCGCGCGCGCGUUACCGUCGCACGAUAACGCAAUAUAAAUACGUCUGUGCCGCCGUAAUAAUAAACGGUCGUCGUCGUCGUCGUUUGGCCGUAAUUUGUCACCGCGGCCUACCCGGAAAGGCUAUUAAUUACGCGGCGGUGACAAGACGACGGCGGCGGCGGCGGCCGAGAAGAGUAUUUAUAUAUUAUUGUGGCGUAUAAAUACGAUACGAUCGCGGGCGUAAUAAAUGUACAAGUACGUAUUGUGUAAUAACGCGAUGACGUUAUGUUAUCACGUCCGUGCGCGCCGUACGCGCACGACGCCGCGGCGGCAUUGUUUGCGGCGCGACGGUUUUCGGCGGCGAUCGAAAACAAACGCAGCCGCGCAUUGAUUUGGUGCGCGCGCGCGCCCCGGGAAUUUCGUGUACAUUAUGCGCGCGGCCGGAGUACUGCGGCGGCGGCGGGUCCGCGUCCGCAUCGCUGUAAUAAUAUAUAAUACGCGCACCGCGUGGGCGGCGGCAGGGAGGGACGCGGAAGGGGAGGGCGCAGCCAUGUAAAUUAAUACGCACCGGCGGACACACUAAUUGAAAAUACUUAGUCCCUUCCCUCCGCGCGGGAGGCGGUUCGUUACGCCCGUUCCGCUUUAAUGAUAUCCCGCCGCCGCCGCCGAGUGUAUAUAAUAUUAUACAUACACAGUAUAUAUUAUACGUGCGACGCGUACGUGUAUAUGUGUACAUGGUAUCCCUACGUUUAUCGUAUUGUUUAAUUUAUCAAAUGAGUUUAUCGAAAUCCGCCCCCGCAUCCACCUCCGUCUCCUCCUCCUACUGCCCGCGGCUUGUACCCGCCGGUCGCCUCUCGCACGUCCGCGAUUCGCGUCCCCCCGUCCCGACGAGAAAACCCCGUUCGCCUCGUGGAGCCGCCGACAAACUCUCGUUUGUACAUUCGCGUGCGCCCCAACCGAAAUUUCGCACGGACGCGCGUGCACGUGGUGACGCCACGUUAUCGUGCAGGCUGCUCUCCGCCCCCGCCGUAUUCGAGCCCCGAACGGGGAGGGGGUUCGACGCGGGUUUCCGUCGGUGUUUUCGGCGCCCGCGCGAAUCAAUAGUCGCGUCCGUCGAUUCGCGCGGGAUGCGUUGGCGGUGCGGAUGGAGUAACGUACGAGAAGUUAAAAACAAACGGCACGAAUGUUAUUAUUGUUGUAAUCAUUCUAUGGUAUUCGCGGGUCACCUCGGUGUUGGGGCGACGUCAAUUUGUAUUCAUUGUCUAUUUGUGUUGGACGUGGGGGACACCGAUCAUACUUACGGCGCGAACGUGUUUCGCGGGACUUAAACACCGCGGAAACAAACUCUAGAGGGGACCGCGAGGGCAGUUUAUACGGGGCAGAGGAUUCAUCUGCCCCGUACAGUGGUCCGGCGGUGUUCGUUUUUCUCUUGAAAAGAUAAAGAAUUUUUUUUACGAGAGUGUAUAUAUAUAUAUAUAUAUAUAUAUACCUCUAAACGAUAUUUAAUAUAGAGUUUGAAUAUUAUGACUUAUUUUUGUUUUAAAGUAUAACUAACCCGACGUGAAAUUUUCCAUUUUCUGUUCCGUUUCAUUUUUUGCCCAACAUUUUGUUUCGACGACUAAAAUACCGUUUUAGGUUUACAGUUAUGGCGCUAUAAUUUCCUCGAAGUCGUAUCAAGAUUGGACGUAGCGGAUUUAUUUGCUUUAUUUACCAUCCUCAAAUUUCGUUGUUGUAUGCGCAGUAAAAUAAAUUACGAUUUGAAUUUCCGCUUUGUCUAGCCAAAAUGAAAAAUAAAAUACAAACAAAUUCUACCGAACUCCGAAUACGCGUGUAUUGUUAUUUUCAUUCCCUUGUUAUUAAUCCGUUUUUUUUUUCUUUUUCGUCUUAUCUCGUUAAUUUAUUUCUCUACGUUCAUUCCAAUUAAAAUUCAAAAACGCUUGCCAGUCCUUCGGCUUAUAAUAUUUCGUUCCGCCGAGUGUAUGUAAGCGAUAUGCAGUAUGUGUGUGUCUGCCUAGUUAAACCUAUUUAUACGCCCUUGAUGACGUUAAACGUACCAAGCAUCGCCAAGUACACGAUAACAUGGUUAGGUAUGCAAAAAAAAAAUAAUAAUAAUAAUAAUAAUAACUGCUAUCGGUUUACUCCGCAGCGCUGAAAACCGUGUAUACAUUGUGCUGUUAUUUCGAGUAUAAUUAUGAUAAUCCCCGAGUUAAUUAAUAAUUGAACUAUAUUAUUAUGCGCGAAGAACGAAUUGUUAUUAUAAUAUUAUAAUAGUCUGUGGAUAUAUUUAAAUCCGUAGGCUUACUGGAGACUUGGCGGGAUUAAUAAUUACUGCUUUUUAAAAAUAAUGUGUCUAGAGUGCACCGUCCAAGCGUAUAUUUUAUGAUGAAUUUCGACAUAAAUUAUAUUGGCGGGUGCUUCGAGUAAACGCGUCACAGGUACAGUUAUAGCCGGGAAAGUAUAUGGUAAUAUGGGAUACAGUUAAUUCAGUUUAUAACAAUACACCGGAGUAACGAUAAAUCAACGCAAUCAAAAAUCGAUUCAUAUAGUGGAGCCUUAUAUGUAUAUACUGCAAGUCGUGUUUUGUUUCCCCCUCGUCGCCUAGAAAUCAAUAAAAAUAAACUCGACGUGACGUAUCGCCAUUUUGUUUCCGAAUAAAUUGCCUUCGGGAGAAUAUCCGCAAUUUUUCGGGUACUGCGAAAUAAAAAAUCGGAGCAUUUUUAAUUACCGAAAAACUGGUUAUCGGUGGCCAACUUAUAUAAUAGUGCUUUUUUUUUUGUUUAAGGCUACAUUCAAACAAUAUAGUAUACAGUCUAAAACAGCGCGUUUAUUGAGAAACCCGUGCCCCUUCCUGAAUUCAGGAAGUGAAUAAUCUAACUAAAACUCGUGUGAUCCGACAUCGGGUUAGGUCAGGCGGUGUAUCUCGCCAAAGAGCAAUCUGCAGCCUCGUAUGAUCGGUGAUUUUGUUAGAAUACACGAAAUACGGUAAUAAUUUUGCACACGUGAAAAUUACUGCCUAUCCGAAUUAUUUUACGACGAGUUAUAAUUAUUCUUGUUUGUGCGAUAAACGAGGCGCUUCGAGGAGAUCUUGGACCAUGGGCUCCACCCUCCAGUUUUUCAGCACGACUAUACGCGCGAUAUUGCAAUAUUUACGUCGACCGCGUUUUUAUCCCGAAACAAACGAUUUUUAUUCAUCAAUCGUACUCUAGAGCAGCGGUUCUCAAGCUUUUACGAUCAUGGCACCCAUAGGGAAAAGUCUGUGUUUCGUGGAACCCCAACUCUAACUGAACCCUAAUUUUUCAAUUAUUUAUUGAAAAAUCAAUACUCCAAAAAUUAUUUAUUGUUUAUUACAAUUGGUUUAAAAAACAAUUUUCAAUCAAAAUUUUACUUAUUAAAAUUACAAAUAAUUAUUAUCUAAUAAUUUAAAAAAAUUAUUUUUAACAAAAUAUAAUUAAUUAGAUUUUAAAACAUACGUUUAUUUUUAAUAUUUUUAAUGCGAUGAAUAGAAUUGUUUCGUGGUUUGAUUCAAAUAGUUUUGAAAUUGUGUCUUAUAUCUGAAAGUUGAAUUCAUAGAUCCGGAGCAUUAUCCAAUCUAUUUGUGUACUUAUUUUUAGUAUGAGUAUAAGAGGAAAAACAAGCCUAACAACGGUAGGUCGUUACAAAAGGUAGUACAGUUAGAAUAGCUUUCAGUUAGAGAUGGGUAUUCGUCCAAUCCAAAACUCGUUUAAAAAUCUGAUUCAAAUGUAUGUUUUAAGGAUGAUAUACACUUGAUUUCAUUAAGGUUUUCACAUUCGAACACGGAUAACAUGGCAGGUUUUAUUCUGUUCACAAAAAGAUUUUGUAUCCAAUCAAUGUCAUUAUAAUUAUCAGGAAAGUGCUGAGACAAUGAUUUUUUCGAGAUUAUCCAAAUGUUAUUCGAUAAUGUUUUUUCUUAUGUUUUCUGAUUUUAUUUUCAUCCAAGUAUAAUCGAAAUAACGUUCUCAAUAUUCACAUAUAUCUGGUGGAACCUUUGAGAUUGUUUUACGGGACCAUUAGGUUUCGCGGAACACACUUUGGGAAUCGCUGUUUCAGAGUAUAAUAAAUGUUAAUAUUUCGUUUUGUUUUCUACGGAAUUAUACCCUCCGAUCAUUAUCAUAUUAUUACGCUCUAUACGCGUGCGGGUCCAAAAUGACAUAUUCGUGUCCGAUACGAAUAAACGACCGUCGGCAAAUUAAUGGUUAGGUACCUGCGUUCGUAUAUUAUCGCGUAAAAAACCGUGCCGCGAUGGCGUCGUUUCGAUAUUGUUCGGUGUAGACCGGGACGAAACUUUGCCGGUUGACAAGGAAAUGAGUUGUAUUUAUGAAAAACAAAAACAAAAUCGUCCCACUUCGCUCGAAUGCGGAUUUGCAUAACGCGAACAAGUAAAGUGUAUAUAAUUUUCGUGGCCUUUGAAUGCGGCCAUUAUAUUAUUAAAAUGGGUCGGAUAAUAUGAGAAAAGUCAGUCGGAGGUCAACCGAAAUGCCGCGGCGCCGUCCAAAAGACAAGCCGGCUAACAUUCAGACAGGGGCAUCGGAAAACUCCUCCCGCACCCCUCCAGUGUGACUCCACUGCGUACGCACGAUGCGCGAUAAAACCUAAAUAAUAUACAGGGCAGUGGCGUCCGGCCUACACGCAAUGCGCGUAUCGACCGCUAUACCUAACGAUAUUGUAUGGGGGCGGGCAUCCAGAAGUCAAGACAGAGUUACGACUUAAAAACGAAUUCUCUUCAUUGUUGUAAUAUACAUACAUACUAUACGGGUUAAAUAUGCAAACUCUAAAUAAUACAUUUUAUUAACGGCGUUUACACGCGUAUUAUCGCUAAUACAGUUUCGAUUUGGUCAUAGCGGUACAUAUAGUUACAUACACCCGAGUGUGUGUACGGUCGAAUCGAUCGAUUAUACGGGUGUAAACUCUCCCUAAUUGGCUUUAAUAACGGGGCGGGUAUAUAUACAGUAUAUGUUCGGUUUUUCGUUAAUUCGGUACCUACGUUAUUUAUAUAUAUAUAUAUAUGUGUAAGAUGAAAUUCGAACUGACUGCUGCUGUUGUACAUAUACGUAUAUAUUGUAUAGAAGGCUGCUGCUGCUGCUGCGCCGACCGACCCGGACCAUCUGUUUCGCAUCGUCUGCAUAUUAUUCGAUGGCCGGUGGUCGACGACGACGAUGAGAGAAACUGAUGACUUUUAGAAAAAAAAAAACGUUUAAUCGCCCUUUUAAACGCGCGUAAUCGAUAUAAUUAAUUAUCGUUUUUGCAAUAUAUAUUAUACGAGUACCGACGUAAUUCACCUCCUCCCCCCCCGGGAUCGGACGGUCUUUACGGACGAAAACUCGGAAAGCGAUUAUAUUUAUUAUUACGGCAGUUUUUUUUUUUUUUUUUUUUCCCGUAUAGGUACCUACGUAUAUCGGGACGUCGGUAAAUUUAAUUUAAUUUAUUGUUGUGACGCCGUCGCCCCGGACCCGGACUGCACUCAUCAAUAAUAACGUUUUUAUACUGGCGGCAAAACCGCGGCACGUAUCCGACCGUUUUCGGUGUGAACCAACGCCCCCAAAUACUCGUGUUCGGGCCCGCGGUACGUUCUCUCUCGGUUAUAAUUUCCGAAAACGAUUGACGUUAUUUUCGUUUCGUCGGGUGCGAUGCGAUGUGCGUACGGCUAUUAUAGGCAUUGCAUGUUGUUCAUUAUAUUAUUAUCGUAUCGCGCGCGCGGUUUUUCGGUCCGGCGAUUACCGUCAUCGACACUCGCGUGUCCGUCGACGUUUCGUCACCCGAAAACGAAGAGGUUCCGUCUAUCGAUUUCUCGAGGGAAAAAAAAAACGCUUUUCAAUACCUAUACUAUAUCGUCAUCGUGUAUAGAAACGUAAGCCGGUUAUCGCAGGACGCGGGGGGAGGUUAGGUCUAUCGUGAAACAGGAAUUUAUUGUGUUUCCAGAAAAGAUAAUAAUAUAUAAUAUAGAGCGGUCUAUCCGUGCAACGCUCACUAUUUUAUUGCAUUUACAAAUACAAAAUUAUCGGUUCGAUCUGCGGUCGUCGAAUCGGAUAUUCAAAUUGAAAAAAGCUGUCCUUUAGGAUAACGGGGACGGGUGCAGCUACUGUUUUGGGUGGGAAGUUGGGAUAUAUACGGGAAUUUAAUAAAUAUCAGAUGUACGUAACGAUUGCUAAUGAAAACACGAUUCCGAACGGAGUUCGGUUGACGUAAUGUUGCUUUUUCAUAUUAUGGUAAAAUCCAUAUGUAUUAAAUAUUUUCUUUAACAAUAUUUGUUUAUAAUAUAAUUAUACCUAUUUUCCCAUUUUUUCCCGUGCGUUUUUCCCCUUUGCUGGGAAAACCCCUUGGGAAAAUCAAAAAGCGACCUCCCUCAAGUACCACCCCGGUCAGAUUUACGUUCAGAAAAAACGCUACAAUUGUAAACAAAAACAUCACUGUAAGACCGAUGCAUUGCUCGCCCCCCCGCUCAGAAUCUAAAACAGCACGGCGUUCGGUGUCAAAUCCGCGAACGAUCGCAGUAUCACACGCUAAACGCUCCGGUCCCCGCUGCGGAACAGCGUCGAAACAGCGGCCCGCGGGGUCUACGUCAUCGUAUAUCCGUUGUCGGGUGACGAUUCACGCGCGUGCAUAUUAAUAAUUAUACCGACAGGAAGUAUCACUCGGUAUACGCGGCGGCCUGUCAAUACGAUGAAGUAGUGUAAUAUUAUACAUUAUUAUUAUUAUUGUACACAAUAUUAUAUUAUGCGGUAAAUCGUCUGUAUAAUAAUACUCGAGGUACCUAUACAAGCGCGCGCGUAUACACAGUAGGCGGUUUCCCGUUUAGUACCUAUACGCGACAUCCCUCGUCCUCGGGGCGGACCCCGGCCCGGAUAACGGCCUCGCGUUGACGUGCGUGUGCGGUCCGGAAGAAGAAAUAUAAUAUAACGUCAUUUCACGUGCGACGCGAAACCCCCGAUGUUACACGGCGCGAGUGACGACAGAUUUCGUCUCGCAUGUGUACACCGCGAUAACACACUAAUAAUAAUACGCUUCGCUGUGAGAAAAUAAUGUUUUCUUUUAUCGUUGUUUUUUUUUUCGCCCGGCUGAUGGAGAAAAAAAACGUCUUAUAAUACAUCAUAUAUGCGACGUAUACCUAUAUAUACAUGUAGUGUAAUAAUAACGAUAAUGCGGUUUAAAUAUCGAGAGAAAAAAUAUGUAUACAUUGUAACAAUAAUGUACACUUAAUUAUUAUUAUAAUAUAAUUUACGUACGACAAUAUUGUGUCCUGCGAGAAUCCCGCCGAAACCCUCCGCGUGCGCGUCGAAAAUAUAACGGAAAACUCCACACUAGAGUCGCAAUAUCAACUGGGAUGUUACAGGGUUUUUAUGAAAACGUUUUCAACGCGGAUAUUAUCAACAAUAAUGAUAAUUUAAAAUGUUCUGACCGACUCGCUGAUUUGUCAUCGCCCAACCCAAACCAUUGGACCGGUCGGGUUGAAGUUUGGCAUACAGAUAUAGCAAUUAUGACACAGGCACCCGCUAUGAAAAUAUUUUUUGAAAAUUCAACCCCUAAGGUGAUAACAUAAGGGCUCUUAGGUAUUUUUUAUAGGAAUAUCUAAUUGUUUAUUUCUUUAUUUUUCGAUUUAUAGGUUACCUUGGUGACAUCGAUGACAAUUUGGUUGUCACGGAUAAGAAACCCAUUAUUAUUAUUAUUAUUAUUGUUAUUACUAUAUUAUUUACACUAAUAUCUAACAAUAGCAAAUAGCAUUGCCGGAUCAGCUAGUAUAGUAAUAAUUUGCUUGGGUGUAUAAUAUUAUGUUACGUUCAAAAUAAUAAUAAUAUAAUCUAUUGUUGUUGUGCAAUUUUUAAAAUUAGUAUUCAUAUAAUGUCCUUAUUUUUAUGGAACUCAGUGCACUUAUACAUUAUGAGUGAAGCGAGGAAUGUAUUUGGUUUUAUAAUGAUGUUUAUUUUUUUUUAUACAUAUCGUGUACAAAAUGUCUUCUAGAAACCUUGCUCAAAUCAAGACAUGACAAGAGCCCAUUUUUGUUGCAUUUUGGCUCUAUAAGUGGUACUUUAGAAAGAUUUUGAUAUUCUCAUUAAUAUUCGAGAAACUGAAAAAAAACUGGUUUUUAAGUUGAACAAGAUUAAAAGAUUACAAAUAAGGUUGUCAUUGGCAACUGCUUUUAUUUACUUUUUGUUAUUAUUUUAAUAUUUUUUAAACAAUCGUUGUUGUGAAAAUGCACAUUGUUGAAAAAUCAAUACUCUUGACCGAGCUCCGACUAGAAUCGUUUUUCGUGAGCAAUGGUUAAUCGCUUCAUACCGGUAUAAUUUAAAUUGUCAUCUAUAUUCUAUACCUUCCCAACUUCUCACCUAUUAAAGUAAUCCACCCAUGGUACGAAGUAUGUACGUCCGGUUUUUUUUUUUUUUUUUAAUCAUUUUAUUUUUGCGUUCACAAAUACAACUAUAUUAUAUUUUUUUUUUGUUUUCCUGAAUAAGACGUUAUAAGACGUUCCUGAAUAAGGCCAGCAAAGACUUGCUCUUUUUAAAAAGCUUAGUAAAAUAUUUUUUGGAUAAUAGGAUUUAGUGGAUCACAAACCAAAUGUCGGAGUAUUUCCGUAAGAUUCAAACAGCUGGAGUGGGCUAGCUAUGGUUGAUGGGAUGACUACCGGUCUUAUACGGAAUAUCUUGGCUAGAAAUCUAACCAAAAAUGGCGACUAUAAGGAAAAAUUUUGAAAUCGGUGGUUUGAUAAGAUAAAAAAAAUAUAUAACAGAUAUCAAUAAUUCGACGAAAACGGAAUAUGAAAUUUUUAGAGGAGUUUGGUAGAAAUGUGCAAAAGGCAUCAAUAGUCGAUACACCAUGGACGGAUGCGACCACUGUUAUAGGUGGAAAGUAGGAAUGUAGGAUAUGGAGGAGAAUUUAAUUUAUAUCUGUACACAGUGAUUAAUUAUCACUAAAAAAACGAUUCUGAGUGGAGUUUGAUCAAUAAUACCUAUUGCUUUUUAAACAAAGUCCCUCGCUUUACUUAGAAUUUAAAAAAAUUAAAGAAAUUUUUUUUUCUUUUAUAUUCUCAUGAAUUUUAAUAAAUAAACCGUUCACUUUUCAAGAAUUUAUCUAGAACGGAUCUGCGGAGAAACGUAUUGGAAUUUCGUUAAUUUAUUCAUUAUUGGAAGAACAUGAACGAAUUUUCUCUCGUUCCUUUUUUUCAGAUAUAUGCCUAUCCAAUUUAAAUAAUUUGUAUAGCCCUAAAUAUUUUUUAAACCCACAUUACUAAAGAUUUAUCAAUAAUAUAUAAUUUUAUCCCAAUGUUUCCUGUGAAGGACAUUUACAGAUUAGGCGUUUACAGAGGCGAUUAUAUAUAAAAACUCAACUGCAAAAAAAAAAUAAUAAACGGGUACAAAUAUUAAUGAUUUUUAUUUGAAAACGAAAAAUGUUCCUUAUUAUUUGUUAGGGACGAGGAAAUGGAGUGUAUACAUAGUAUUUUACUUUGUUAAAUUCUAUGUAACGAACGUGGAAUUUGUUCCGUUUAAACAACGCAAACUAAUUCGUUUUUAGAAAGAACUUUCCGAGUACUGAAUAUUAUAUAAUAAUAUACACCGUAGUCGUCGUCGGGUUCAAAACUCCAUUUUUUUUUUCUGUUGAAGCCCGGAUGUUUGUACAUACCGCGGUACGGCAUCGUCAUACUUACGGUUGUCGCAAAGAGCUUUUUUAUAUAUCAUAGCAAAAGCCUGCGUAAUAUGGUAUGUAUUCUUCAGCGCGGUUUUCCCUCCACGCACGUAUAGGCUUUUCCACUGUACAUAAUAUACCUAAGUGGCGGCCUUUUGUCGGUCCAAACGGUAUACAAUACGGGCCGCGUAGGUAGGCGGGUACACAGCGCGGGUACCUAUAUACAUUAUUAUUAUACAGGGGCGGGGGGGCGACACCAUAAUAUUAUUUCGUAUUAUAAUAUACGGUGCAAUAUAACGCGAGCCAGCCAUUGAUGUAAUUACCGCAGCACAGUCAUUCGGAGAGCGGAAUUAGCAUUAAAAAACAAAAAAAAAAAAAAAAUACUCAUAUACACACAUAUAUAAUAAUAAUAACAACGCGUACCGCCGCCGCCCGCUACGCGCGUGCAGUGUAUGCCCAUAAGGGUGUUGACACGAGCGGGCGCUGCGGCGGCGGCGGCGGCGGUGGUGUUGGUUACAAAAUGGCCGAGUUCACGAGCCGCAAUUUGUAUUCCGGCCGCGCGCACCAUUACCGGUGCUUCCUGUGCGCGACGCGGCAGCCCACCGCCGCCGCCGCCGCCGCCGCGGACCUCGUGUGACCCGAGAGCCGCGCGCAAUACAAUAACGCGUAACGCGAGCGCGUACGGUGUACGGCGGAACACAAUCGCCGCUGUGUUCGCCGCGCGUGUGCACAAUACGAUAUCGUAACAUGGCGUACGCGAUUAUCAUCCGAUAGCGUAUAUGUGUACCUAUACCGCCCCCGCGUUCGCGUAUUACGAUUAUUAAUAGUAUUGCACCGCGUAUUACAAUAUUUAUUGUUAUGCAGGCGCUAUACGCCAUUCGCCGAACACGAAAAUACGCGAUGAUCGGUAUUUACGACUAUAUUCGCCGCCGCCGUUUGUUUGGUUUAGAGGCGAACUGCGGUUCGUUAUGCUUUCCUCCACCACCCUUCCCCGUCGUUUUCUCGUAUUUCUCUUGUGCACGCGUACCUUGCGCGCCCGUAAUACGCGCCCGUAAUCGCGUACGAUAAUAUUCGUGGCCGUCGUCGCGUACGGCGCGAGUUUGGGGCGCGCGCGCGUGCGCUUCUGUUCCGAACAAGAAAAACACCUAAAAAAAAAAAACCCCCUCGAAAAUGCCGUCGGACACGCAUCGCUCGGUAUCGCAUCGCGCUUUCGAAUUACACACCGCCCCGCCCUUCCCCACCCCACCCUCGCCCUACGAAGUCUGCCCGAUAUAAUGUAUAGGUGCACCCACCUACAUAGAUUACGAUCUGGGCGCGCAGCCCGACAACAACGGCUCGUAUAUACGAAAUUGUAAUAUUGUUGCGUUAUUACGAUCGCAUUGUAAUGCGCAGUGGCGAAAUUACGCGCCGCACGUAAUACGCCGCAGUAAACAAACUGCCCAAUUACACGACCGCCGAAACCACGUGUACGCGAGUUGGGUACGUGAUAUGCGUGUGCCGACCGCGAUUGGUUAUCUCCGACGCGGCGGUGGCGUAUUUAUAUAGGAUUCCGUCGACGGGGCGGGCGUUCACGUGUCGGCGAAAUUAUAUUCGGUCGACCCCCCCCCCAAGCCACCCUAGCGCCACCCCCCCCACCGGUAUACGUCCUGUACGCAGGUAAAGGCGUGUACACGCUAACCAGCUGGGGAAAUAUUCGAAUUCGCGAUAGGCGCGGCAGUGUAUAGGCUCACUGCGGUGUACUUGUAAUAAUCAUAUUGUGCGAUUAUUUUUCGAAAGCGCGUUCGCGAAGAAAAUACGAAAAAAACCUACCCCCGAAGCGAUUACAAAGGUACAAAACACCAAUAUUAUACUGCACAGGGUGCCACGCGAUAAACAUUUUAACCUCCGUCUGUUGUAUAUUUAUUAGUUGCCGUUUGAAAAUCAAAAGUGGAGUGGGAGGGUAGACGGUUCACCCCCUACCCCCGAAAAUAAGGACGACCAAAAGUAAAGUUUUGAAGCACCCUCAUUUAUACCUGAAAUUUUUAAAACAUAAUAAUUUCCGAAAAAAGUUUUCGUUUUCGCUUCGUGCCGGACAUCCUUCAUAUACAAAGUCGUAGUAAAAAUAUUUAUGUAUGCAGAACAAUAUGAUACUAUUUUCGAGUGAACCGCUUCGUCGUAGAAACAUAGGUUUUGAAAAUAUUUACGGUUAUUUUUUUUGAAGAGAAUUCCUACAUUACCAUUAUUAUUACCUAUACGUUUUGUUUGGUGUUUUGUGUAAAGCGCGUCAUAAACCGCGGAAUUCCGUUUGAAAUAAUUUGUAUAAAAUAUUUUUAAAACGAUAACUCGUCCAUUUCACAGUGGGUAAACUUCGUGUUUUUACACUACCGAACUCGUCUGCGCACUUUCGAACUAACGACUCGUCCGAUAAUGAAAUUUGCAUAUAUUUGUUCGAUGAACAAUAUAACUGAUAACGGUUUGAAUGCGGACGUUAUGCGUAUAGGGGAAAAACAACACUUUGAACUGGAUCCGUCCCUCGCAUCGCCCCUGUCUCCCAUAAAUCCAUAACGUAAACUGUAAUUUAACCGUUAGACACGUCCCAUUCCGAGCGAAUGUUCUAUCAUGUAUCCAUUGUAUCCUCGUCAAGAGGGCCGUAAAGCGCGUUACUUCGGGGUUUAUGUCACCGCGACACUAUUGUAUUGUUGCGCGUAUGAUCCUCGCGUACAGAUUUCGCGGUGUUCGUCGGCCGCGGGACACCGUAAAAAAAAAAUAAUAAUAAUAAGGGGUGGGGAGUGGAGUGGUGAUUUUUUUUUUCUUACAAAACAGUCGCGGUUUUUACGCGAGUCGUAAAAAAAAAUAAUUUCGAUAUAUUUUUUUUCCCCUUUUUUUUGCGAACAACGUUACGACGAUGUAUAUCAUAUAUUAUCGAUCGCGCGAGUUCGCCAGUAAUAUUUACAAUUUAUCGUUCAAUACACUGCUUAUUGGCGCGUAGCCACGCGAGCAGUCAACCCCUUCCCCUCCGUAAUCGGUUGUUCCACACUCCACGAACAAUUUUAAAUCGCACACAAUCGUUUGUAUUGGCAUGAUUUUUUUUUUGGCCGGCGAAAAAAGUUUAAGCUUGCGGAACAUAACUCACGUUUCAAUUGAUAACGUUUUUUCGGGUUUAUACUCAAUUCGGGUAAACCAGCUGAACGCGGUACCCGUCCCGCCGUCGCUUCUGAUGACGUGUCCAUACCGCUGUAUACAGGGUAGGAUUUUGUACUAGCCGAACAUAAUUUGUAUAGAUAGAUAUUCGAUUAUUCUGUUUUCGGAUUUUAAAUCCGUACGCGUUCUGGUGAUCAAUUUUCGUACUAGAAAACAUGGUUUUUUGUGCGUCGGGAAACACUUUUCUAGAAAUAGAAUUCAUUCGAAUAAAUCAAUUUAAGCGUGAAAUGACGGGACGAUGUCGCGCAUAGAACAAAUAAAAAUCACCAUGUAUAAACCGUAAAUUAAGUGACGCGGCGGUUGACCAAAAUUAUAUUGAUAAAUCAACAUCACACACGCGUGUGUGUUGGGUAACGGUCUCGGACGGAUUUCGCGACCUCGGGGAACUGUAUGGAAGAAAACAAUAAAUUUAUUUCGAAACGCAUAAAUAUCAAAUUAAUAUAAUCACGUAACAAUGUCAUAUAAUUCACCGACGCGUCAUCGUCAUAAGUUAUAAGUUCUUUGGUAAUUUGGCUUUUUUUUUUUCCUGUACAUAUUCCUAUACGCGAUAGGUAGUAUAAUAAUAUAAUAUAGGUAUAUUAUAUUAUGCAGUUGGUUUUUUUUUUUUUUUUGGCACCACGGAACAUUACCAGAAAGACCGGUUGCGGUAUACACCAAAGUAACCCACGGGCGUCGGAUCGUUAUUUAUACAUGUUUGGUAUCAAUUAGCACUCGGUGGGACGGUGCUAAUGCGCGUUGGUCGUCUUUUUUUUUUAUAUACGUAUUUUUUUAUUUUAUUUUUUUUUUCUCUACGCGCUCAACACGAUUACAAUAUUAUUAUUAUUAUAUUUUCGGGGUAUCGGCGAACGGCGGUUGUCGGUAGUUGCCGCGUAGUGCGUAUGAAACCGCGGCGGCGGCGGCGGCGGUGACGACGUGUUAAACACAAAAGAAAACCGAAACACAACUAUUUAGGCCACGGCAAUAAUAACCGCCGCGACGAUGUAUAAUAAUAAUAAUAAUAAUAAUACACACGCUAUUAUUAUUACAACUGUCAUUACGACUACUAUAAUACAGCAGAGUUUAGACACUGUAUUGCCAUAAAUAUUCCGCCGCUACUACGCGAUAUAAUAUUGCAUUUCGUAUAUAGUAACGAGUGGUUUUUUUUAUUUUUUUCCGCCCACCAAUAUUCGCGCGGCGUCCUUACCGUUUCGCGGGAUGAACGACCGUGUUUUCCGUUUACGUUUGCCGCGUUGCCGUUCUCGGCGUUCGCGGAACAAUCAUCGUGACGACAGUGGUCCGGGGCCCGAAAGACCGAAACGUCACCGGGAAAAGUACAUUCAGGGCGACCACGCGCCGCGAGGCUCGGGUAUAGUGUCGCCGCGGUGAAGGGCGCGGUUCGCGUACACGGGACGGAACGAAAACCGGUGAUAAACCGCAACAGAACCGACGCGUUUCGCGUUCAGAAUCUUCAGAAAAAAAAAAAAAUCAUCGAUUAACGCGAAGUUCGCGGCGUCGCGCCGUUGCAAAUGCGAGUUCCGGUGUUUCGGGCCCGGACGGUUUACAUCACGGACUGUGCGCGUGUUGUGUAACGCCGUAGACGAAUUCGUCGCGCCGUAAUAUUCCGUUGUCCUAACGUAAAGUCGGGUACGUCCGGCGACCGACCCGUCCCGGUCCCACUCGGGUCAACAACGUACCCGUACUCGAGGCAAAACGCUAAUGAUAAUUUAACGCGCGCGCCGCCUCCGCAUUAACAACCGGCAACAAUACCAUAUCGUUAUCGCUGCGUAACGGGGACUUUGUUCGUAUUCGACCCGGAGGUUUUUCCCGCACUCUCUUCCCGUCCGUCCCCGCGCGACCGGGCCGCACUUCUCGUCCGUGCCCCGUUCUUCGUGUUGUACACUCCCAGUCCGCGGUCUUUUGCGCACGCGCGUUCGAAUCCUGCGUUCGAAACGCGUCGGUCAUUCGUUAUUUACGUUCAAUCCGCGUUGAAUCUCGAACGUUUCGCGAUCGGCGCGUCCGCGCGGCGAUAUUCCCAACGGUAAUCCAACGGUCCGCCGGGUCGUCACGUAUGGAGAGCGGAGGCCCGGGCAUUAUACGCGAGGUGGCGACGUGACGGGAACCCGAGAGAAAGCCCGAGAUAUCGGUGGAAGCGAGACCCGAAGCCCCCGGGAAUGGGAGACACGACGAGCGGCGUAAUGUGAACGGCGACGGGGGUGGGGCGGGAGGGUGGCCUACCGGGCCCGGAACGAGCCAAAAUUAUUGCUCGUUAUUACCCGCGCGGCGCCUUUGCGAUAACACAACACCGACCGAGUAUUUCGAUAAUAACAUUCGUACGGCCGAGAGUGUAUACGGCGUUAUAACGCGACGACGACGUGGAGCCGGUUUUCCGGACACCCACUCGUCUCUCGUUCGCAUUGUCCGUGCAGUCAAAGUCGUCAAAAUCGGCCGUCCGCUAUAACACCGAACCCUCGCCCCGCGGCCGCCACUCCGUCCAUUAUCGCGGCUAACCUCUGCGACCGUCCCGAGGUCAUCAUGCGUUAUUAUUAUCGUAAGUCGUCGUCGUCACGGUGUCGUCGCGCAGUAUGUAUAAAAAAAAAAAAAAAUAAAUAAAUAUUGUUAGGACGGCCGCGGCUCCGUUUCGUUGCGCGGUGCGCCCGUCCGACCGGAGAUAACGUCAUUACGCGGGCGCGCGCGUCGUCGCCGGAACACUCCUCGGUCCGCGGGGCGGGGUCCGGCCCCGCGGAGCCGGACAUCAAUCAAACGGGCCGGACCGUUGACAGGCGCAAAACAAAUAUCAUCGCGGGCCGCCGGUGCCUUUUGAAAAGCAAUAUCAAUUUAGAUUGGCUAUUCACGGGGCCGAGCGGGGCGCGGGCGCGCGCGCGCGUGUGGAUAAUAACGUCCAUUAACGCGCAUUAACGCACGCGACCGCACCGCCGCGCCGAGUCGUGGAACGCCGCCGUCUUCCUGUAAUAAAUAAACGGCGCGUUCGUAAUAAACGGCGAAACGACGUCGCGGCACUUCGCGACGCGUGCAACGCGAUCGGACGCGCGACGACGUAUGCUAUUGGAUUCUGGAGCGGUGCUCGGGAGAGCGUAUUGGUUUUGCGACGGGUCCGUUUUUCGGUUUCCGCGAGCACCUCUGACCGCCGCCCGUUGAUGGUGGGGGGGGGGAAAGAGAGGCUCGCCCGUACAGGUACACCGGACUCCCUUCCGUGUCCCGCCGCCGCGGCACCCCGACAGUGGCGCUGCGCCCGUCCUUUUACAAUCGAACGCGCCGCGACCGUCCGGGUUCUCGUACUGCAGAUUCCGUCGCUUCGGAGACAUUGCGCGAAACCCGAGACUCCGUGUUUUCCCCGGCCCCGCCGCACUGUUAUGACACGUGACGAAAACAGUAACACACCGCGCGUUCGUAAUUAUCCGGCGUCCGUUCGCUCUGUAUACACUUGUAUGUGUGUAUACAUAUGUGUGCCUAAUGUACGCGGCAUUGCAUUAAACGGGCGCGCCGUUAUUUUAACGACAAUAAUAAAUUACGUCGGCGAGUCGUUUUUCAACUGUUUUGUUUUGUUUUUCAUCGUAGCGUCACCACGCCGUCGCAGUCUUAUUAAGAUUUUAAAUUGAAAAAAAUACCUACGGGCGACGAGAGGACGCCGCGCGCAAACGUCGUUUUCACGGGCCGUUUCGAGACGUUCGACAAUUCAUCGAGUCGGCUCAUCACGCGCGCGCCACGACACGUCGCGACGUUUGCUUUGGAUGUCCGAGCCAAAUGAGUUAUCGGCACAUUUAACCAGCUCCGCCGGCCCGCUGGAAGGGCACUAUUUUCGUACGCGGUGAAAAUCUGUUUGUUUUUUUUUAUUUAUUUCGGUUUUCGUUUGACGCCCGUUAGGCGUCACGCGCGUUUUUUUUUUCGUCUCCGUCGCGUAUGCGUGCGACGAAUUCGCGUUCGGCAAAACCGAUUGCGCGGCGGUAAAGUGAAGAGCCGGCGAACGUUCUCUACUGUCGACGUACUGCGCACCGGGUGCUGUCGGUUAUUUGUCGUUAUUUUAGUUUUCAAACAAUACGGACGAGCGCGUUUGGUACCGCGGACGACGUUUGCGUCGAAGUUUGAAAUAUCGGAGGGCGAAAUGAUCGACAAUCGUGUGUACGAACGCGGCCGGGAACGUUCGUCCGGUCAACGUUUCAAAGGCAAAGUUGUCCCCGACGAACGCGAACUUUUGUACAUUUGAUCCGCAAACGCGGAAAUCAGAAUCAAUCGAUUUACGGACAAUAUCAAUGGGCGCUCUCUAACACAAUAUAAAGACCCGGAAAGGCGUAUCGCGCUUCGACGAGUAUUGCGACUCUCCGGCCGAGUUCAGCGCAAAGGAAUUGUAGGUAUUAAGGUGAAUAUUUUUGGUGUGCGUUGACCGAAUAAAUUUGUUUAAUGUUCUAAUGUGAUCGACAAAAAAAAAAAAUAUACAUAUAUAUAGUAAUAAAUAAAUAAAUCGAUCGGAGAGUCGCAAUCGACGAAUUUUCGACGGGAGGCAAUAUAGACGUGUACUAUACGUGCUGCAAUAUAAACUAGUGGAUAAUAAUAAUCGCGGACAAAAUCGUAGUAUUUUGGGUCGCACUCGAGCUUUUUCCCUCGCGAUUUGGUUGAAAUCUUAUUACGUGUAUAAAAAUCACGCGCACGACGAGUUUAGGUGUGAUCCACUCCAAAACUACUCAACCGAUUUUCACAAGAUAACUUGUGCGGUGAUUCGGUCCAACUUAAAAUAUACGAAUGUCUAUCUGAUUGUUUGUGUACAUUUAUUUAUUUAUUUUUGUUGAUUCGCGUGUUACCUUAGCGAUAACAGAUGAUAAUUUGGCUGUCGCGGACAAGAAAACUGCUAUUAUCAUUACUACUGUUAUAAUGUGUACGCUAUUGUGUCUAGCGAGAUAGCAAAGGAUUGCCAGGUCAGCUGGUAUAACAUACCCAUUAAUUACGAUUUCAAAAUAAAUACUCGUAUGGCCGUAGUUGUAUUUUUAAGUCGAUUAAAGAAGAGGGGGGGGGUCGGGGAUAAAAUCCCUAACCUCCUCCCUCCCUCUGCGCGCGUCGCCGGUGGAACGGGUUACAAAGACACGCGGGACAGACAGAGAUGACGAAACGUCGGCGCAGUCCCCUUAAGAACGAAAACGUUAAACGACACACGGGAGUUAUUAUUAUUAUUUUCCUCCGCAAUAUCCGUUGACAAACCGACGGCGGUUAAUAAUAAUAUCGCAGCCGUGUAUUCCGACUGUACGACUGCCGUUCGCUGCCCAUUAAUAUGUCCUCGGCGCGCGCGUUAUUUUAAGGACUUCUUUCGACAAAUCGUUAAUACGCGCGAGUCGGACGUUUUUACAUUUCAACUUAAUUUAUAACAAUAAUUACUUAAUCGCACCGUCGUUUAACGCCGCCGCCAACGUCCGACACGUUUGUCUCGACUUGUACCAGCGUCGUCGUCGUCGUCUUCACGUGUUGUUGUUUUUCGUCAUUUCUCUCUCUGUCUCUCUCUCUCUCUCUGUAAACGUAAACAAGAAUGCUACCGCGAGACCUCCUUCGUGGCACGGAAAGCAAGCGAAUAUUUCAAUUCAGUCCGGUCGGUAUAUAUAUAUAUAAGGGGUGACGGUCGUCUCAGAUCUUAAAUCAUAUUUUUAAGCCGUAUACCCCCUAGCACACGCGCAUUUAAUAAUACGUAUAUAAAUGUACGGGAGAGCGCGACCAUCCGCGGGAAAAUCGGUAACAAUACACUGCUCCCCCUCCCCUACAAGUACAAGUAUGAUAUUUUAUGUCCGAAUGCACAAUCUGAUUGCAAUCCGUACGAUUAAUAUAGCCAAAAGGUCACACAAAAGUUAGCACAACUCGCGAGUUCUUAUUUAAUUGUACUCUUUUCCCACAUUUCGGUAAAUAUUGUACGGGUGUUAACUCAACGGUAUUAUAACCGGACGAGUUUCCUUUGGUCGUAUUUCGAUAAUACUUUUGAAUUUGUGCUCAUCGCAACCGUGUUCUCAUUGUCGGAGGGAAUAAUAUCGGCAACUCGGCGUGCAUCGAUUAACUCGGUUACUGAAAAAAGAAAGUAACUUAUACCGUACGAAUCGAGCAACUUACGCUCGGCUUUGGGUAUUGCGCGUGCAUAUACUCGUAUAUUAUAUCCAAUCAUAUUGCGCUGUAGACGAGAAACGAAAAUGAAACGACGACACGCGUAUGCCUGCCUGCGUACGUAUACGCGCGUAGUUUUAUUUGAACGCGAUUGCCUCACUCGGGUGCACGCGUUUCGGACGAUCGCUGCAAAUAUCGUAGACUCGCGUGAAAUAUAAUUUUAACAACAAUCAGUCGUAUACACGAUCGUUGGCGGCACAGCGAGCGGGCUUUAUAACGGCAACGUUCUGGCAUAAACGCGAAACGCACGUACGAUAAUUAUAAACAAUCACAAUGAAUACCGUACUCGCGCGUCGGUUUUCGUAUUUAUCGCGAGGGCAUAAAAUAAUAUAAUGUCGCGGUUACCAUACAUUGCAGUUAAAUCGCUGGUGAUAGAUGCAGAGACGCUCGUUAAGUGAUGUGUACUUUUGUCGCGCGCGUCAUAAUCAUUGUAAUAUCAUUGAUGACGAACAGUGGCUGCAGCGGCCGUAUUGUGCAACAAUAGUUAUUACCGUCGGUAUUGUAAAAAAAAAAAAAAAAAAAUGAAAAAAGAGAGUUCGCAAUGGUAUUUGAAACCCGGUAUUGCUUGUGAAAACGUCCAGCGUAUACAAACGGUUGGGAAUGGGUUCGGUGGUUUAAAUCCCCAAAGGGCGUACACUUGAUACUCACACCAUGCAUAUACUGCAGAAUUGCACAUCCCUUGCUUCAUUUUGGCAGUCUCUAGUCUCUAUAAUUCUGUCGGGGCGUACAAAACUAAUAAAACAUGACGUUUGAUGAUUUCAAUCCACGUUGAAAUUCGACUGAAAUGUAUUUUACCACUUCAAUCCGCUUUAAUGUUCAACUGUGACAAUAGUCAACAGCAGACGAAAAAAAAACACGUCGGUUUCGAACUAUACAGAACGGCAUAAAAUAUUUACUUUACGAUUAUUCGCAUACAGCGAGUCCCUAUACUUUCUUAUCGCCCUUAACACGUUUCGAGAGUACCUAUAUAGUCCAAACUCGGAAAUUUUCGAUUCCAAGUGGAAUCGAGAAAAUUUAACGGUUUACGAAUCGUUUUGUGGAACGAUGUAUAUUAUUGAGUUAUGCCCUAACCUAGUUUUCCGAGUCGGGAGAUGGUUGGACAGCGGCGGCUGUUACAUAGGCCGAGGCUGGGGGUCUGAAGCUGACGUUCUUAAAUCCACAUUUUACACCACUACUGUAUGGUCAUGUUGCUCGAUUCGUUUUAAGGUUCGUUACACAAACUAGGAUUCGAUUAGAAAACGGUUUAUUUAAUAUAUAAGUGCGUUUUCGAGGUAUACAUUACGUAUACACGAACAUUUUAUUUGCGUGUGUUUAUUAAUUUGCGUUUUUUUUUUUUUUUUUUAAGCCGCGUGUCGGGAAACUCCUCUAUACACUCGGUCGACGAGGCGCUUGUUUCCGACCCGCUUUAAAAAAGAAAAAAAAAAUCCGAUCGGUCACGGUCGCAUCCGUUUCUUAUGAAUUUCGGUUUUUUUUCUUCCGUCCUCCACGAGUAUUGCCACCGCCGUCUGCGUCCUACAGGGUGUGUGGCAACUCCACGCGAUUAGCGACGGCCCGGCGGCGGACGGACGCGACGUGCGCAAACAAAAGGAAAACCUGUGCGGGCGGCGGCUGCGACGCGGAAUCGCGAUUUAACGCCGCGCGAGCUCUUCGCGGGCGGUGGAAAUAAAGAAAAAAUAGUAAAAAACAAAACUGUUGGCGCGCGACUAACUACCGUCGUCGUAACAGUAUAACAACGUGUACGGUCUGACCUAACCGCAACCGCGCGCGCGUUUCGUUCCCCAAAACGUUGACCAGGCGGAUCCGUAUUCGCGACUUAGAGCCGUUCUCGGCAACGCGUAAAAAAUAGAAAAAAAAAAAUGCGUCUAUCUGAUUCUUAAACCGAUUCUGUGGCUCUGAUAGCCGAGAAAGAAACCCGGGCCCGCGGCGGACUUUACGAAUUACGGUUUCGCCGCGGCGUUUGAAGGACCCACGUAACUAGCCGAACGCAUCCCUCUAAGCGACCGCGUAAUUAACACGGACGAGAGUUUUCGCAUCCGAUUUGUCGGUGAAAUCGAAAUAAUAUUGAUUUUAAUUUCACGAAACGGUAACCGUAUUUGUACGCGCUUUGCGAAAUUUCGUGUACAAUUUCGUCGUAUGAACUCGGUGAAAUGAAAUCGAUUUUUAUCGAUUAUAUUUUAUUAUCGGAAUAUUUCUUUUUUCGCCGACCUACGGUAGUCGGAUAAAACUAAAACCUAUUUUUUUUAAUAUACGGUCAAAUAAAACGAUCGACAUAAAUAACCCACUGUCGAGUCGCAAUGGUCGUUUGAAUAAUAUUCACAUUUUUUAUUUUAUUUUUUUUUUCUGGUAUAUAAAAUGUCUACCGAACGAGAUAGGGAUCGUUGUUAUUAUUAGGUGGGCAGGUCCUCGGUAUAAUGCAUUACAGAGUGGGGCGUAAUAACAUAGUAGUAACUCCCUACAAUUAUUAGGGUUUGUACCCUGCAGGUCACCACCUCGUAUACUUCCUAUAGGUUAGGAUAGCCGGGUAAAUGCAGUUGAGGGUGCGGCCAGCAAGAACGGGUCAUAUCAAGAGCAGAGAUAUAUUUGAAAAAAAAAAUAAAAUAAAAACAGUUCGACACAAAAACUGCCAGUUUUUUUAUUCCAGGAAACUCUGCGAUGUUAAAUUGUUGAAUUCCGUCGUUGUACGGAACGGAAAUGUAUGAACUGAAAAUCCAUUAAAAAAAAAAAAUAAUAAUAACAAUAAUAAAAAUCACAAACGGUAGAGAUAUUUCAAUGUCCCCACUCUAAUGAGAUUGAAUUGUACGAGAAUAAAGUAAUGUUUGAACGAUAUAUUGUACGUAUCGUAAAAAAAAGGUCACCCCUGACGUUUUUGUUUUUUUUUUUUUUAAUAUUUCUUAGGAUCUUUUUGACGUUUUCAAACACUCGCGUAUCUCGGCUCCGUCCGCCCGCCCAAAAACACGAACGGAUACCGCCGCGAAUACAUUAUUAUUGUACAAGUGAAUUAUUACGUUACGCUCGUAUCGUCGCCCGUAUUACAGGUAAAUCCCGCGGGCUCGCCGAUCGGUCUUUCUCUAGCUCGUAAAAUAUAUUGUAAUGCGCCCGGACCAUCCGGGCGGGGGCGACAGGAAGCGAGAUAAUACCCGUGACGGCGGAAACGCGCCCGGCGGACCGUCGCAGCGAACCCCCGCGGGACCGCUGCCGCUGCCGCCGCCGCCGCCGCCGCCGCCCGGAACCAAUAAGUCUGUCGGCGCGGAGACGACGCAAAUGAAGAGCUAUCGGCGGCGCGCGCGACCCCUAAUGAGCGCCGGAGGGAUAAGACUAUUAUGUAAUAUAUUAUUAUUAUAUACGCAAUACGUCCGCCGUCCCGCGGGUAUAUUUAUUGGCGUCCGUAAAUUAUCGCCGCGGGCGCGACGAAAGACGCGGCGGACGGUUUUCGGGAAGAGGAGAGAGAGAGAGAGAAAGAGAGAGAGAGAGAUAGAGAGAGCGCGCGCGCGCCCGCUCUAUGCGACACCGCCGUGCAUCAGCGUCCGCGCCGCGGAAACGCCGUCGAUUCCUAUCCCUUAGGGAAAUAAUAUCGCGGACGUGAUGACGGCGACGGCGACGACGACGACCCGCGAUUUACUCGUGUUUUCGCCGCCGUCUCCCGGCGUCGUCAUCACGUACCGCGGCGAUUUCACGAAAUUUCACGGGCGGGCGGGAUCGCUGGAAUAUACAAAGUCGAAAAUGUAAUCCCGGCGGAAAAAGAAACGAAAUCCGGUUUUAGGGAUACGCCCGACAAGGAUAACAAAUCGCCGCCGAACGUAAACGCUUACCGCGCACUCGGUUUUCCCGCGGAUUUUCGCGCCUUUGUGCCGUCGACGACGGCGAAAACCGCCGCCCCGGAAGGGGGCGCGCGGCGGACAGCAAACGGCGCCGGCGCGAUAUCAUUAACCCGACGCAACCGCGCACUGCCAUACUUUCGGCAAGCAAGGGCGGCCGAGUUCCGUGGUUGUCACCGGUUUGUUUGCGGUUUUCUCGGUCGAUUCCGCGUUUUCCGUUACGGUUUUAUUUCGCGAAAUCUGUCGACACUAUGUAUACUGGCGACGGGUAAUAAUGGGAUUGUGAACGGUGUUUUUUUUUUUUCAUUCGCUUAUCUACUCAUAUUCGUUCGAUCGUUUUUCGAUUUAAAUAAUUACCCACGUUUAAUAGGGGGCGGGGGGGGGGCAAACGAAAUUUCCGGGCAGUGCUAUCGCUAUUGCUCUGCCCCCUCUUCCCCCCUGUCGUAUACCCAACCGGAUUCGACCACUGGCUGUAUAUUCGGACCGCAGCGAGUUCUUCGGGAGGCGAUAGGUACGAACCGCAGCGUGUACCGGUAUGAUUUCGCGAGAUUUUCAAUUUUUUGUUUUUUUCGUCCCCACGCGAACGACGCUGUUGUCGCUGUUGUUUUUGCGCCGUCGCCGCACUCGGUUUUGCCGGGAGCGAGCGCGCGCGCGCCCAUUGCGAACACGCGUCCGCCGCGCUGCCGCUGGUCGCUGUCGUCGCCCCUCAACAUCAGAGUGUACAGUGACAAGCGACACGGUGUUUUGUGGCGGCGGCCGGCAACAAUGUCACGGAGAGCGCGCGCGCGCGCGUCCGCGUCAAUGAAUGUACCGACCCGGUGUAGUGGAUGUACGGGCGUAUUGUAAUGUGUGCACACCUAUAUAAUAAUAUAAUACGACGCUGCUGUCACUGACGCACGUAAACCACCUCGGGCAAUAACGUCGGUUUUUUUUUUCUCCCCGGACUCUUUGAACUCGUCUGCCGCCGCCGCCGCCGCCGCCGCCGAUCUUGUAUAUUAUACGACACGAAAUUACACCGUCGCCGCCGCAAUAUUAUUAUUAUUGUUAUUAUUAGCCGGCGGAAAUCUCUCCCGGAUUCGGGCGCGUCCUUCGGCGGCGGCCGCAGUCGUCUCCCGGCGUUUUCACAUUAAAAAAAAAACCUUUUUUUUUUAAAUAUUUUAACGGCCGCCUUACGCGAAAUUUUCCGCUAAUCUGUUCAGUGGCGAGCGCGGGCGGAAAGGGGUGAGUGAGCGUUAGGGGUCAUUUACGUUCCACCCCGUCGACGGUUAAAACGCGAAAACAUCAGUGUUUGUUUUGUAAUUUAAUCUAGAAACGUAUAAGAGUUUCGGCCGAACUACAAGGAAAAAAAACGUUUGAUUUAUGUACGAACGUUUGGAAAUCGAUGUUUUUUUUUUUUUUUUGGAUAUGCCAUUUCUUUUUUCCCCGAAAAUUUCCAGACGAUACGCCGUUGAGUCUGGUCAGGUACGGCCUUUAUUACGGACGAAAAUGUCUUCAGGAUAAUACUGAUUGUCUACAUAAGAUUUUUCCAUCGGUUUUUUUUUUUUCAUUGAUUUUAACAACGUUCUGCAUACGCGUCAAACUCCGAUUUUGCAUUUAAUAUGUUGCAUUCAACACGUGUAGUUUAAAGAGUCUUAUACGCAGUGACGUGUCCAGACAUUUUCAACAGUAGCGGAUUUAUUAAAUAAUCACCGCGAUUUACGAAUAAACCGUAGAAUCUCUUUUUCGUGUAACCUGCCGAGGGCAAUGAUAAUUUAAAGGGCGCGCAUCCGAAAAAGCCAACUUGUAUAAUCAAAUAAAUCGAAAAUUCUGCUUGUUUCUUGACCGAAGUCUAUGAUUUCCAGGUGGGUACACUUUCCAAAUAAAUACUCGCAGAGUUUUUGCGGUAUUUUUAAACCGAUGGAGGAGGGGUGUAAUCCCUAAUCCCCCCUCUCCCCUGCUCACGCCACUGCUUGUACGUAUUUAUUCCUAUUCUCAAUCCUACACUCGACUCGACCACGCGUAUUAUCAACGGUCACAUAAGUGUCUCAUUUUUGUUACUCCUGCUUUUUUUUUUAUUUCGUCUCAUCGCCGCUCGUUCGCGAAUCCUUCGACCGACCCGAGCACGCGGGGACUCGACAAUUCUUCUCGUUGUCUCCGUUUAAAAUACUUCCGACGUUUUCGAUUUCGUCCGUGAUUCGGUGCAGAUUGCGCCAUUAUUACCGUCGUGGAUUAUAAUUAUAUUAUUAUUUCGUGUUAUAAUAUACACGCGCGUAUUUCGUGGUUUUUUUUCGUUUUCUUCCCCCGUCCCGUCUGUUAUCUCGGCCUGAUCUAAUUGGACUACGGCGGCGGUAUUGGAAUAAUAAUAUAAGCGACCUACGGAUCAUUGAUCCUCGUCGAACCUACGUGUCACCCGCGUGCCGCACAGCAAAGAAGAACAAAGCCCCGGCCGAUAUUGGAACGAAAUCUGAGGCGAAAAAAAAAUAUAAGAAAAAAAAAAAAUGAAAAUAAAAAUAAAAAUCCGACCACUUCCUACGGUAUAUUAUAGCUGCAGCUAUAUAGGUAUUAAGGUAUACGCGCGCGCGGACGUAAUAAUUAAUUUUUUUUUUUUUUUCGGUUUUUGUCCCGAGUUUGUUUAUACGAACAUUCUCUCACACAAACUCCGCGCCCGGUGAAUAGAUUUCAAUUAUCGACGGUUCGUUAGAAAUCCUUUGUCGCCGACCGCGCCGUCUUUUUUUUCCACUCUUUUUUUUCCCCUCCGUCUUCUUCUUCGCUUCGUGUAAAAAAUUAUAUAUAAUAAUAAUCAUCACACACACAUACACAUAUAGGUAUACGUAUGUAUAUACACACAAUAAUAUAUAAUAACAAUAAUAACCGGUGGGCUCGCAUUUUAUAAGUUAUUAUCAUGAUAAAAUAUUACGUAUAUCGAGAUGCGUGUGUGCUCUAUUAACGUUAUUAACGAGGUGUGUGGCAUUAAACAACGCUCGCACGCGCGUUGCUUUGAUAAUAAUAUGUAUACGCGGUAUAAUCGAAAAUCGUGAAAUAUCCAUCGUAGGUACGACGACGACGACGUGCCGCUACGAUCAUGAUGAAAAAAAGAAAAAGAAAACCAGCGCGUGUAUUGUGUCAAGUCUUAUUGCGGGCUAGUAGUGCAUCGUCGUCUAUAGCAUAGUGUAAUAGCAACCGAAGACGAAUAAUGUUCCGUUUUCGCAUUGCCGUUCUCGAAACUCUCAAAAUCAACUACUGUAUAGAUCUAUAGAUCUACUAGAUUACUAGACUACUAUCUAUAUGCAUUAUUGUGAAAAACAAAAUGGAAUGCCGAGAGGGUAAAUUUUAUUGAUGAUUGAGACAGAGUGAACGAUAGUGAAAAUAAAUCGUUUGGCCGUGUAAGCGAUGUGCCCUUUAGAAGUUUAGAAGGGGGGGGGGUGGUUCAACAUUCAAACAUGUUCUCGACCGUAUGCAUGAUAUACGUUCGAAUAUUAUGUUUUCAAAGGAAAUACCGGGUUUUAAAUAGCCCUUAUUUGUCAAAGUAAAUAACGGGGUUAAAAUCUGUAUAAUACAUAUUUAUAUAAAUAGCGAGUUUUUCACGAAAUAUUCAUCUUCAAACCCCCGCCCCGGUCGCUCCUAUUUCGACAAAACGUUUUUCGUUCGAUUCCUCGUUGCUGCCGGCGGGUAACAGCUGGAUACUUUACGCCCGACGGAGAGGAAUAGUGCAUAGUAGACCCGCCGAAUCUCCCGUGUUAAGGACGGGCCUUGUCCCCUGGCCUGGCAGUUUCAUUUCGGGCCAAAGUUUGGUUGCCAACGGUCGAUUGGUUGAAUAAAGCAUUCGGUACAGAAAUGAAAACCUACGCUAACCAUAAUUUUGGAAAUGAAACGGGCUGUGUGAGUUAUUGGAGUUCUCUUAAAAUGUGUUUCGCCUUAUUAUAAAUUGUUCACCGAGCAGAUCCUAUGCACAGACCUAUACCGCAGGGGUAGACGCGGGCGUCAAACGUAUAUAAAAAACCCGUACAAAAGGGUAAAAAAAAAAAAAUGAAAUAAAAUGUCUUUGGAAACGCGCAUUAAAACUAUAUGGCGACCGUAACAAUUAGAUCCGUAGAUCAAAUUUAUAUAUAUACAUGAAAAAAAGAAAAAACGAAAUUUUCGAACGGCAACAAGUCGGCCGCGGGGGAAAAUUGGUGAUUCCCGCGGCGACACGGGGCUCUGCAUGUUGGCCGCGGGCGUUUUACGUUUUACUUUUCAUCAUCUGUCGGCCGUGAUACCGAAUAAACACGGCGUUGCUGUCGGUUUUAAACGACGAAACAUAUUGCGCCCGCCCCUAUCGCCGAUACACGAGAUCCGCCCGGUUGUGGGUGCCGGUACAGCGGCCGCCAAAGCGUAAAGCGUGAACGAUUCUCCGUUAACGGGUCGGUUAAAAUUUGCGGGGGGGGGCGGAGCGGGAGGGAGGGCAAACGUGAGAUCGCGCGCAGAGUUUUUUUUUUUUUUUUUAUAUAACUUUUCGGCGGGUCUUUGAUUCAAUUAACGGCCUAUUUUUCACGUCGCAUACGCAAUACACGAGUAAGUGUAUGUCCGCCGGCAUCCAAGGCCGUCGCGGCACCGUUUCUGCCGCUGCUGCUGCGCCUUGAUUGCAGGAUCCCUUGAAGCCACUGCCCAAUGCCGUGGCAUCCGCGGCCGAAUGAAUCAGCGAAUUCGAACGACGGCUACGUUAACAGUAAUAAUAAUAAUACGAUAUUAUUAUGGUGUAAUAUACUUAGUCGUGUGUGUGUGUUACGUUCGUCAUUUCGAAGGACGUCUAAUACGUGUAACGUGUGUGCGCAUACGACUAUAUUCCAAUCGAAUAAUUAACCGCGAUUGUAGCUACAGGUCGUACAUAUCAUACGGGGGAGAAGGGGGGGGGCGCGGAAGGAGAAACGUUAAUAUUAUUAGAUAGGUAAUCCGAAUCGUAAUUUCGUAUUUCGAUACCUCUCUCUGUCUCUCUCGCAGGACCCGUAUUGUAUACCCGCAGCGCGUCGCACGCGUAUAAUGUCUGCGCGUCCGCCGUGAGUAAUUUCAUAGGAAAAAAAAAACCCUCCGAUAAUUAUCGAGCGCCCACAGAAAAUCAUAACGGAACCAUAUCUGAGUGUUGCGAUUAACUAUUACAUUCGCGCAUUAAAAAUCGUGUGCUCGUUUGUGUUUUUUUUUUUCUCGGAAAACGUCAAAUACUCGAACUUUGCGGGCCGGCGCAACACUCAUCGUAUCCCGGGAAUACGCGUAGAUUUUAUAAUUAUUGCGACCGUGGUUGUAAUUACUGAACGCCGGUCUACAUUCCGGUGCGAGUUCGUACCUGUUAUAAGGUCGAAAUAAAAACGAAUUGUCGUUGCAAACAGAAAAAAAAAAUAACUGUGCGAAUAACGCGUAGAAAACCGAGAAACCGAAAUUUCAAUAUGCGUCUUGAUGGACUUGGUCCUAAACCGGCGUAUCGUCUAUGUAUUUUAUAAUGGAUAUUUAAUCACUUUUGUUUUUUUUUUUUAUUUUUGAAAAACCGUAUUGAGCAUCUAGACAGGCUGGAUACAGGCACCACCUUUUAAAGCGCGCGGUGAAAAAGUUUCGGAGUAAUUUUGCUACAACGAAACGUCGGCUUUUCUAGGAGUUUUUCGAUAUUUAAAACAAAAAAAAAAAACGAUAAAAGUAUAUUCGUAUUGCACCCGCUUCUAUACACGAGUAUUGUAAGUACACGGAAUUUUCUCACGAGUUUUCCUCAUUUGAAAUCGAGUGCAUAACGCUUCAUUCACAGAGAAAACAUUGGAAUAGCAACAUACAUAUAAAUAAUGCAUAAUAUGUACGAUAUUAUUAUUACCAAUGCGUUUGAAACGUAUUAUGUACGCGGUUUUUUAGUACGCCUACUACCGGUCCGGAGGAAUUAUACAUAAAAAAAAAAAAAAAAACAAAACAAAACAAAACCACCGCUGUGCGCUGCAGUGUAUAUUAUUAUAAUAUAUUUAUUUUAUUUUCAAUUUUUUUAUUGCUCGCCGAAUUAACAACGUGGCGUUAAUUAGAAGACCGGAUUUCUCGGUGCGUAAGUAUAUAUUAUUAUACGACGUGAGCUCGGCAACUCGUUCACCAGAUCGCAUCGCACACGUACUGUAGAAACCAUUGUGACGGUUACUCGUUUUAUAAUAUUAUAUCGUUCACACGAAACACAUUAUACGAGCUCCGUUUGGUAUUUAUAGCCUUUGAAAUCGUCCAGAACAAGCGCUUGAACAACUGUAAUUUCGAAAAAGGGCUUGAAACCCCGUUGAAAUAAGCAAUUUAAACAUUAUUAUGAAACCCCUUCCUCUUAUCCCUAAAAAAAAAAAAAAAAACAAAUAAAUAGGUUUUUUUUAACUGUGUUGUUACAAGAACAUAGAGUUAAAACUAUUGUGCGAAGAAAACAUUAUUUUGAUAAAAAAAUCUGAGUUUUCAUCUCCUCCCCCCCCCAAAAAAAAAAAAACCGUAAAACUAGUUAAAAUUAUUUUCAGUUCGUAUCUGCGGCAUACUUCCGAACAUAUUUAUUGAACCGGAACGGGAGGUGAUUUUUUUUUUUCAUACAAGCGCAAUAAUUAUUAUUAUUUAUUUCCAUGACUUAUAUACCAGACAGACAGGCAACAGCAGCAGCAGCAGUCGUCAACACCGAUAAUAUUGAAUCCUGUAUUUAUGUUUAUUGUUAUUAUUAUUAUUAUUAUUUUUUUUUUUUUACCGCGUGAUGAUUCUUUAAAUUCAUCAACAAUUUAUUAUCCAUUCUUUAACGUUUGUCUAAUAUUAUAUUUUGUGUGUCAUAGACUCGAAGCUAAUAACGUAGGAAAUAAUAUAUUAUUGAGAAAUAAAAAAACAUAAUAAUAAUAAUAAUAAUCAAUUAACAACUACCGCGCGGCGAUGACUCGCAAACGUCAUGAAACAAUUUUCGUUUCCCGGCGCGCAUAAUGAUUUACCUCCGAUAAAUGUCACGCUAAGUAUAGUAUUAUUCGUGCAUAAUAAUAAUAUGGUCGUGUAGUUUUUUUAGUUUUUUUUUUUUCGCGUUCCCCAUUCAUUUCUCUUCCGUUGUUAAUUUUUAAUUAAUUAAUUAAUGUUUUACUAGCUUAUUGUCGUCUCGGUGUACCGCAGUUGACGCGCACAGUAUUAUCGUAUUGACGGGCUCGACGGGCCGUAUUCAAUUUCCAAUAUUGAUUAUAACCGAUUUGAUUGCUUACACGUUAUUAUUAAUAAAUUCUGGUUUUAUUUAUUUAUUUAUUCGAUUCGAACGCGCAAUCCUCGUUACACGAUUGCCGCCGCACCGGGGAACGUUUUAUUACUGUUUCGAUAUAGUGUUGACGGCUGCGGGUCGAUAGAUUCGGACCGAGACGAACAGCGGGACACGCGUCUAAAAUAAUACCCGGGACGCAAACGCACGCAUAGCUGCGGCCCAACGCCCGGUAUGUCGGUAACAUUUUCCUUUUGUCGUUCCGGGGGAAAGUCGCGAAACAAAACGACGGUAAGACGUGGGCAGGUUUUCGGCAUAGGCACGACAAAAACCUGGACACACACACACACACACACACACACACAGAACAAUAUAAUUUAAUGCGCUAGAUUGUUGUUAACCGUCGUGCUGUUAACGUUGUUGUGCGCGUGCGCGUAUCGCAGUAUUGACGCGACCGAUUCCCGUCGCCGUUGUGAGAAUAAGGAUCUAUAAGUAUCCAUUGUCGCGUGCCUGUAGAUUUUAUCAAUAUAUCAACGUAUCCAUCCCUCGUACUUGACUGACGCCUAUCGGCUGUUAGCGGUCCGGUAUACGCGUAUACGUGUUUUACCGCGCCUACUCUCCGACAACACGUCUACUCGUCUCGAGCGACGUUUUCCUGGCGGUCGCUUCAGCCGAGCGUGGCCCGUUUCGAUAUUUCCCCCGAGAUCUCGGUCGCUGUCGGUCGGUUGCUCGCCCUCCGUUCCCCGAUUCGAACGUCUAUUGCGCCCGGUACGUAGUACCCGUUUGUUGGCGUCGUCCGUGUACCCGUGUAUACGCCAGCCACGUAGCCAGCCGGUUCGUGAUAAAGAAAAAAAAAAAAAAAGAAUCGCCCCGCAUAAGUAUAUGGUUACGACCCGGACGAAAUAAAGGUGUUUCCCGGGGACGACGCGCGGGGCUCGAGAUUUCGACGGGUAAAUAAAAAAAAAUUAAAUUAUUAUUACACACAGCGUUCGCGCGGGCGGCGGUGUAACCGCGGGUGCGCGUGGGCGAUAGAAUAAAAAUAUAAAAAUUGUUUUUUUUUUUUUUUUUUUUUGUUUUCUGUUACGCGCAAGGUGUGCGCGACAAAGGGCGUUGAAAAUGACGGGGUUGUUGUCGGCGGCGUGACCGUUAUUAUAUCGUGGGGUGUUUUCGGCGCGCUACAGAAACGAAAGAACGAAAAAAAAAAAAAAACCGCCACCCACCCGCGGAAAAGAACACGACGCGCAGCGAGACCGCCAGGGACGCGUGUUAUUACUAUAAUACGCGCGUGUAACAGCGUAAUAAGUGCGUUGUAUUUUGACACGAUAUUUAAGUCUCAUUAGCAUCGGGCGGGAAUGCGUCCGCGGUGAUGCGGCGGGCCGCUCGCGCAUCACCGGGGCACCGUCGUCGUCGUCGGCACCGGGGAAGGUGGUACGAAAAAUAAUGUAUAAUAUGAUACACGGUCGGCAAACGGAGUUAAUAUCAACAGGCCGGCCUGUAAUUACGGACGCCGCCGCCUGUAAAAAAAAAAAAAAAAUAAUAAAAACCUGUUGUUUUCCGCCGCUCGUGAUAUCGUCCGCAACACGUUUGCGCGCGCCGCUUUGCGCGCCGAGCAUUAACGCGUCCGGGACGACGGUAUUCAUAAUAUUAUUACAUAUUAUUAUCGUUAUCGUUGUUAUUAUGCGCGCGUGAAAAUCGUAUCGUAACAACCGUGGUUUUUAUUAUUAUGUUUUUUUUUUUUUUUAUUUUUUUGAAAUUUGCUUUUACCAUAACCGCCGUCGAUAGCCGCGGCUCCGGGCCCCUCGCGGCACACUGUUACGCGCCAUUUGUGUUUCGCGCGGUUUUUUCGGCCGCGCGCCCCGUCUCCCCGACGACGACGACGCCGCCGCUUAUUGUAUUCGCGCGGCGUUAUGAUUAAUUUGUGCGCGAUCGGUUAUUGCGGUUUCUCGUCGACGAACGUCCGCGCGCAGCGUUCUCGCGCGCGUACGCAUGCGGCGGCGCGUGUUAUACAGGGCGAUUCGCGAACGACCGUCUGCACGCGGGUUCCGUCGCCCCGGCCCACCGGCAGACGCGGCGGGUGCCCGGCGUUCGGUACGGUCCGACGGCGGCGGGAUCGGAUUUAAAAGCCGGAUCCGAAAUUUAGUGUCUACGCCGCGCUCUUCUUAUCAGCGCGCGCAAGUCGCCGGCAACAAUCGGCUCGUUCGCCGUCCCCGAACGGUCUAACGGUCUCGUUAAAAAAAAAAAAACGCUCGUAUUGGACACGAGUACAUAAUUACUCGAACGACGUUUUUAACAAUGAAUUCAGCAUCAAACUAUUCAGAGUAUAAAAAGUCGCUAUUUACAUCCCGUUUAUUUAUUUAUGUGUAUGCCAUAAUAACGUCACACCCAAUUUCUCGUAUUCCGUAUUCUUCAUAAUACGUGGUUGUCGUAUUUUCAAUUUAAUGGAGGCGGGGAUACAUGUAACCCCAAUCUCCGGUCUUGUGACCGACCCGCAACGUCCCACUAGUAUUAUUUAUACACAGAAAAAAUUUAAAUCUCCGCGGAUUAAAUUUUGGCCGUUCGUUACGAUCGCCCUGUAUUCUAAGCGUUUCGUUAAUAGACAAUUAGUGUGCGCGGCAGACUGUUUUUUUUUUUUUUUCGAGAAAGAGAGAGAGAGAGUGCGAGGGCCACUCUCGCGCGCGCGAGCGAUGUAUUUUUAACACACGAUCGCUGCAAUACUUAGGUCCCGAGACACUGCAACACGCAUAAUAUAAUAUAUAAUAAAGGAGCAGCUUAUGAUAUCAUCCGAACGGGAGAGACGACGGGAUCGGGGCGGAGAGAGGGGAAAUGAUGAUGUGCUGACGGGUUCAUUGUUAGGGACAUAUAUAAUAUUAAACGAAAACAAAAUAUUUAUCGUCUGCGCCGCCGCUAUGGUUUAUAAUUACCACCGCCAUCGCGGAAAUCCAAUUAAUUUAUAAUAUUCCGGGCUCGUAGAAUUCUCGACAUUUCGUCGGGACGCUGCGUAUAUUAUUAUUAUUAUCAUCAUCAUCAUCACGUAUCUCCGAGAUUUCUUGCCAAGAUCCGAAUCGACUAGGAACAGAAGUACACACGUGAUAUUAUUACGGUGCGAGUCGCGUUCGCGGUUUUUCUAAUAAGUAAUAUACUCUAAUAACCGACGUGUCCAAUACCGUACGGUAUUAGAUUUUAGGAGAUAAGGUUUUAGAGAUUUAGGAGACUUGCACAUUAACCGCUGUUGUAGACACUGUAGUUUACCUAUGAUUAAAUGUCUACCGAAUUGAAUCCAUCGGUCCACGAGACGAAUUGACACGUCGUGUUCCACGUGGACAUAUAUUUUACCGGCGUGGUAUGAAGUAUGCCGGAUAAAUCGGCGGUACCGGUAUGUUUGAUUUGUUAACUCGACAUUCACUCAUACCGUUACACAAACACUAGUUAUUUAAACACCAGCUGAUUCGGAGGAUUGAAUUUGAUUGCCAUUUUAUGACGAUUUUACCGUAGAACGCCAUAGGCAUAUUCAUUGGCAGUAAUCGCGAAUUAAACCUAGAAAAAAAAUUGGGCCGUGCGUAGGAUUCGCUCCGCGAUCUUCGUCUAGGACAUUCUUAUUAAUAUCCCGGUCACUUUAUUUUUGAGUUUACCAGCCCGUAAUUUGGAUAGCGGCAACCCUCCAUUCGUUCGGCAUUCUUGUUUUCCAUAAGUUUAACUCAUAUAAUGAUGUGCAAUUCGCAUCCUUAAUUAUCUGAGUAAUGUAGCUUAAGGGAGUUUUCCUCUACUGACUUUCCUUACCAUUAUUCCCUCAACUAUAUUUUUUUAAAAAAAUUGUUUUGUCCGAGUGUGUUUCAUCUAUCAUCCUGGUUCGUCCAAUUUUUAACGUUUUCAAUAAGCUUUUGAUUUCCAGCUUUUAAGAAGACUGCCUUGUUGGUUAUAAAAUGUCCUAUCCAACUUAAGCAUUUACAAAUAGCAUCAAUGUCCAUACUUCAAACUCUAGUAUACGUUUUCUUUCCGAUUGUCCAUGAUGUUUUGCUUUUGUAUAGUAGAAAACGCAAAAAAAAAAAGUUUUCAAUAGGUUUUUUUUUUUCAAUUUUAGAUCAAUUAAUUGAUUCAUUGGGGUCUUCUUCCCGAUCUGUGAUUGCAAAACGAAUCGUAUCUAUUUUCUCAAUUCUCACGUUAGGUUUUUCUUACUCUAUGGAUCGCUGUUCGUGCAUAGAGGUUAAACAAACAUUGUGGUGAUAAUCAACACCCUCGCUUUACUCUUUUUUAAAUCUCUGCUCCAAUCGGACUUUUUCCGUGUAACGUAUUUUUCUCAAUUUCGUAGUCGUCUCUCUCCGCAUAAUAUGUAUUACUACUUGGUAAUCGAUUUUCUAAUAUUUUCAAUAACUUAUAUUCUAUGUUUACGGUGUGAAACGCUUUUUUUCUAGGUCAACAAAAGGAACGAUCACCGAUGUCGGCGUACCCGCUUUUUCCGUUUCGUUUUUUCGAUCGAUCAGCUUCCCAGCGAAUAACAUUAUAACCACUUCUGUCGGUGCAACCUCCCGGCUUAACCGCGCGCUCGUAUACCGGCCAUAUUUAUUGUAAUACUCUUGCGCGUCGUCGUCGCAAUAAUAAUAUAGUUAAGUAAAAGUGUGUGUACGUGUGUGUGAGCGCGCGCGCGCGAUUGGGUGAGAGGGGAGCGGGGGUGAGGGAAAUAAAAAAAAAAAAAAUAAAAAAAAAAUAAUACUUACACGGGGUAUAUUUAGUUAAAUAUUACAUUAUUAUUAUUACAAUAUCGCUUCGGGGCUCCAGGUAGUAGGAGCUCCGCAAUGUACGUAUAUAACGGUCUGCGCGCAGCUGGUUGAUUAUACGGUUCGGCGAUGUUUGUGUGUGGCCUCCGCGCGCCCGACGCGGUCUCGGCGACUCCCUCUCCCGACACCUCACUCGGCUGCGCGCGGCACCGGGGAAAUUAAAGCCGCCGCCGUCGUAAAGUAUAUAAAGUAUAUUAUUGUAUGUACGCGCAUUCGUGUAUGUACGUGUGUGUGUGUGUGUGUGUGUGUGUGUAUGUGUGUGUGUGUGUAUACAUACAUACAAGUAUACCCGACUAUGUAUAAUACACCUAUAUAGUGUAUAAUAACAUCAUAGAUGGUUAUUUUAUUAUUUACAACCGGCGGCGGCGGAGGCACCGAGAAAAUAUGACAUCAUUUUUACACGUAAUAAAUAUAUACAUGUAUAGUGUUUUUUUUUUUUUCCGUUCGUUCGUUCUUCUUUUCGUUUUUGUCCCUGGAAAAAAAAAAAAAAAACCGAGAAGAAAUAAUAAUACCCGCGCCCGUGCAGUAUUAAACCUACACGGGAGGAGUGGACGAGGGGUGGGGGGGGCGGGAAGCAAACGCACCUCCCGCACUCUCGGCGGGCUUAAUGGUGAUUUAUCAUUUGACCGGGCGGCGGCGGCGGCCGCGUGAAAAGGGAAUAAUAAUAAUAAUAAUAUGACGACGACGACCCGGUGACGGUGCCUAAAUACCCCCGGACCCUACGCGCACAUACGUAUUUAUACGUAAGUUUACACGUUGUAAUCCUUUAAAUGGCCCGUAAAAGACUUAUGUGUAAUACAAUAAUAAUCGUAUAUAAUAUCGAUGAAAAGAAACCGCUUUUUCGGUCUCCCUGCAGCUCCGGCCGAUCCCCGAACCUAAUAACCUAAUAUACAAUCUGCCUGACGCGGUCGACUGUUACAAUGUAAUAAUACACGCUCGUUGGUUCUUAACGGCUCCUAUUAUAAUACACGCGCAGUACAUUUUCAAUAAUCUAUACAAUGUCUGUGGUUCGGGGGAAAAAGUGCUCAAGUCGAUUUCGCACAUAGUACAAGCGAAUUCCAUUUUGAAAAUCACUUAACGGCUAAAUUAUACGUAACGGUCCAACAUAAAUGCAGACGUUCUAAAUUCCGUAAGUCGUCUAAUUGUGUUGCGACUUUUGCCUUUUUCGCUAAAGUAUUCGUAAUAGUAACAUACAGAAGCGUAGCCAAAAGUCGGAUUUAUAUACGCGUAGUAUUUUAUGGAUUCGAGUGUUGAGUACGUUUCCAAUUAUUUCUUUCACUCCUAAAACAACGUUUUCUACACGGAACCGUGUGAAAACAGUAGCACCAUGUCGGUACAUAUAGUCUGAAUGGUUUAGCCAUUCUAUAGUUUUAGGUUUAGCCAUUCUAUAGUUUUAGGUUUAACCAUCUAUAGUAAAAAGAAAAUUAUUAAAAGAAAAUAUUAACGAAAAUGUUAUGAAUACUUACUGUCUUUGUUCGAAAUUCUCCCGGUAGAACGCACCUGUCAGUGAGAUAUCAUCUGUAUAUGACGUAUAAUAUAUAGUAUAAUUACAAGAUAUACGCGUAUGCCGUUAAAAUAUUCAAUAUUACGAGUAUAUUGUAUUCUCGUUUUAUUAUAGUACCUUAUAAGUUAUAUUUUUCAAUUUUUGUUUAAGAGUACUUUAUUGGAAUGUGUACCGGUAAAAACACUUUUCUAAAUAAAUGUUUCUAGUGGGUAGAACCCAACCUAAUCUCCCUUACCUAUCCUCAUAAUUCAAGUUAAAACGUACUGAGCUCCUCCCGCGGCACAAAAUUCUAGCUACGCCAAUGGCUGAUUGGGGAUAUUUUUAUUUUAAAUGUGUUAGAAUAUGAGAUAGAUAUGUGUUCCCGACACGAGAGAAAAUAGACUAAAAUGGUUUGGGCAUGACGUGGACAGAGAGGAAUCUGAAUCGGUAAGAAUUGUAUUGAAAAUAAACGCGAGUCGAAGAAAUGAGGAGGAAGUCCGAAAAAAAGUGGUUAGAUGCGAUUGAAAAUGAUCUAGUGACAGCCUACCUGUGCAAGGUGGCAAAUCGGGUCAAGUGAACGUUUAAAUCAAGGGUAGCCGACACUAAAUAGUUGAGGUGAAUGCGAAAAAGAAAAAGAAAAUGCCAACGAUUGUCUCAAGCUCUUCUUUCCCGGGACCAAACAUAAAUAAUGUUCCGGAACAGGUUUGAUCAUUCGUCAGAUGACGACGACGGCAAAUAAACAAUAAUUUUGCAUGUUAUUGUGCACGCUAGAUACUUAUAGCAAUAAUUCAAUUUCGGCCGCGUUAAAAAAUUAUGUCAAAACCCGCGAGUGGGUGUAGGAGUAACGACAGUAGUUUUUUUUAUUAUUAUUAUUAUUUUUUUUUAUUAUUUUUUUUACAUAUUAUCAUAUUUAGUCUCCGGCGAUCCACACGAGAUAUUAUACACGUAUUAUAAAAAGUAAUGUGUAAAACGCGAUCGUUAAUAAGGUCCUAGACUUUCGUAAUCGGCCGAAUAUUUGAAUAUACAGCAGCAGCAGCUGCGACAAAAAAAAAAAAAACAAAAUUAUGGGUUUUAAAACGACAAAAACCAUAUUUCUUCGGCUUCUCGAAUACGUUGUGUUACACACACGCACACACACACACGCCAUUAAUGACGUGUAAGGUUGACAAUUUUUUUUUUUUUUUUUUAAUAACAAUUUGUUACUCGCGUAGUAGUAACGGACGGACGGACGCUUUUAGCGGUGACCGCGCGGCACACUUGCAGCAUUUGUAUUUAUAUAUAUAUAUAAAUAUAUAUUUUUUUAUUAUUAUUAUUAUUACGUUAUUACAUCGAAACGAUGAUUCUCGCGUCCGAUUAAUUGUCCGUGGCGAAUUUAAUCCCAAACUAAUUCACCGUUUAAAUUACAUAUAUAUAUAUAAUACAAAACGCGUCGAGAGAGUGAAACGGAUGCCGAGGGGAGAGUGAGAAGACGAUCAUUCCGUGUAGUCGGUAUACCUGCGUGUAUAUUUUUACGUGUAUAGGUAUAUUGUAAAUUAAACGGCCACCCGCGGUGUUAUUAUUAUUAUUAUUAUUAUUAUUAUUACUAUUAUUAUUCAGUGUUUCAGCGCGCAUAAAACAUUCAGCGCCGCCGCCGGUAGGAGGAGAAAACGGUCAUUACGCGCGUCGUCUUUUGCGGCGCUGAUGAUUCUUUUUUACUUCUUUUUUUUUCUACCUCGACGGCGACGGCGGUAAUAACGACAAUAAUGAUAACAAUAACAGCACGUGUAAUGAUGAUGGUCACGGUCGUCGUCGUCGUCGUCGUCGUCGUCGUUUGUCCGCGCGUACGUCGGGCGGUUACGGGGCCGCGUUAUAUAGAGGUGCGAAUAAUAAUUAUUGUCGCGGUCGUUGCCCAAAAUUCACAAGAAAUACAUUCGUACACGCUGGUACGUCUAAAUAAUAUUUUGUCGAAACAGCGUCAACCGUGAAUCGCGCGGCCCUUCGACACCUGCGUAAACCUACCGAAAAUCGCAUCCACCCACCACCACCACCACCCCCCCCUCCCCCUUGUGAAAUGAGUCGCGUGCCUGACUUAUACAUUGGAUUAUUGUGAUUGAAAAAAAAAAAAUUAUUAUUAUUAUUAUUAUUAUCAAUAUCGUAAAGGCCUGGUUGAAACGGCCGAGUCGCAAUAACACAAUGUGUACUUUAGAGGACGCUAUCCGGAUAAUUGAAUGUUUUCAGCGUCGUAGACGAGAUUUUCCAAUUGGAGGGGGGGGGGAGGUUAUACCCUUCUUCGCCUUACCUUUAGCUGAAAAAAAAAAGGUAUGACCGAGGGCCACAACACCCAAAACCCCCCCCGAAACGAAUGUCCGCUGUUAACACUAUCGUAUUAAUGUUAAUUCGAUCGCGUUUUCGCGCUCCCGCGAGAUCGUCCAUGAUAUUAUAAUGCAAGCGGUGUUUUUUCGUUUUUGGUUUUUUUUCCCGGGCUCGACAAUAAUUACCAACCGAAACGAUAAUAAUUACCGCGGUACCGGUUCGUGUACCGGACGAGUUUUCGCGCGUACUAUCGCGAUCCGUUCACGCGGCGCGUUAUCAAUCCGUUAUGCGGUGAGCCGACGGUAAUAAUUAUCGAAAUCGGCGGCGUACCUACCUACCUGUACAUAAUAAUAAUAAUAAUACCUACGUGCAUAAUACGACGGCGUUCCAAACACCUAACAUUCUUCUCUUGUACACGCUGGCCGUACAUAAUACAGUCUCGAUAACAAGAUUCGGAUUAUAAUAUGUAUAUGUGCGCGCCGCGAUGAUAGGACGUUUAUAAAGGUGUUGCAGCCAUUGUUGUGGUUUUUUUUUUUUUUUUCACGUCUAGUUACGAUGACGAGUGGUGAUGAUGAGAACUACUAAUUAGUAUUAUACGAAUGCGCGCGAGCGUGCGUGCAUGCGUGUGUGUGUGUGUGUGUGUGUGUAUGUGAAAAAAAAAAUAUAAAAAGAAAAAAAAGCAAGGUCGGAUAGUAAUUAAUAUAAAAUAUCGCAACGCGUUUGCGGCAAUUCGCGCGCAUAUGCUCCGCGGGGUUACGGUGUUUUGCGAUUUGUACCAGCGGUUUAGUCUUUAAAAGAUAUUAUUUCGAGAUGUUUAUAGCGGUAACAUAGGAUUUAUGCGUACAAAAUGAUUGAGAGAUUGGACGUUUUGAUCUUUUGACGACGAGUGGGGGCGGAUAAACGACGAGAUGUAGUUGUUGCCGGUCGAGUCGGGUGUAUAGAGUUGGGCCGAAGAAAACGCGAAAGCGUGUGAAGUGGAUACAGAAAAAUGGUGAUGAAUAUACCAGGGGGACGUGGAAAGACGUGUGGAGGCUUACCGCGAUCAUAGCACGAAUAGGAAAAUCGGGUAUACACACCGCCGGUAAUUCGAACCUUUGACAAUUCGAAACGCUCGGCAAUUCGUCGUUAUCUUCAGUGGCGUAUUUAGGGAGGGGGGGAGGUUACGGGUUUCCGACCCCUCACUUCUAUUGUGUUAUUGGACUGGGAACGAUUUAUGUGGACUUAGACGUCUAAAUGAAACCCAACCCGAAAAAUCCAAGUCGUAAAUAUUCCACUGGUUCUCCCUCUCCGGCAACUUGUUGAACUAUCCUGAUUAUAAUACAUCGUCUGGAGUAUCGAAUUCGUUUGCGGAUCGCGGUGGCGAUAAAGAAAAUAGUUCAAUCAAAAUUAUUAUUAUUAUUAUUAUUAUUAUAUACUAGAGGUACCUAUCUAUUUCUACAAUUCGUCCGCGAUCGUGUGUCUGAAAUGGUAUACAUAAUGCAAUAUAAAUGGGAUUAAGAAUUCUCAGUGCACAUCGUCAUGAGCGUGCUGCGAACAGCGGUACAUAGCGGAGAGGGGCGGUGGCGACGGACGGAGGCUCGCAUGUACACCGUGAGACGGUAACGGCGGUGAGGGCGGGGAGGGUGUAGGGGAAAUCGGCGGAUUUCAUUUAUUAUUAUUAUUAUUAUUAUUAUUAUUGGUAACCUCGUCACAGUCUAAUCCGACGAUGAUUAUGAAACCGGAGGUGCUAGUUAGCGGCGCGCUUUGUAUCGCUCUCGACUGCUGCCGCCGCCGCCGCCGCCGGCUAAUAUUGCCUUGUCACGUUUAAUUCAAUCUCUUAUUAAAAACAUGAUACCGUCACCCCGGCCGGCGGCGUCGUCUCUCCCCAAGUUACCCCUCCCCUCUACUCCCCUCCCAUCAUCGCGGUCCACGGGUUUUGCCUGCGUUCGGAAAUGACAUAUUGUAUUAUGUACACCACUCGAGGUUUUCCUCUCUCCCGUCGUCGUCGUCGCGGGGAACGAUGAGGAGGUGCAUCGCCCACAUCAUAUUAUACGGUCGUCGUGUCCGACGAUCGACUGCGGACUUCUCACGCCCGCCCGUUCGUCAGACGAACUUUCACGAAACACGGCGUACCCGACACUUUAUCCGAAACGCCUACACGUUACCGGCGGUAUUUCUGAGAAAAAAAAAACAAAACCGACCCUAACUUAUACACAUUUAUACACAUCGGGCGUCGGCACUCUUGAAUUUCGUACAUUAUUCGCUGGUUUUUUUUGAAUUUUCUCUCGGUCGUCACGAGGGUUCGAUGGGUGGGAGGGGGGGGGACUAAUUGGUCGAACCACAGUCUUUCGGUACUUACAAGACGUACCGUUCUAAAUUUUCGACAUCAAAAUGAUCGAACGUCCGUAACCUGACCUAACCCAACCGCGGACGAGGCGGAGAAUUUAAUGAUAAUUGUGUGCGGACCGGGCGUAAUUAUUACAAACACUCGGCGGCGCGCUCGGGUAUCCGUACCGAUAACUAUAAUACGAUAUAACGAUGGAAAUUUUCGAUUAGAGGACUCGCGAGCCCGUUUACGAUCCGUCGUACACCCAGAGACCGUAUUCAUAUAUAUAUACACACACACACGCGCGUGUUCCGACGAACAAAAGAGAACUAUAAAAUACUAUUACAUAGGUAGGUAUUAGGCGGGCAGGUAUAUACGUACGAAACGAGAUCGAUCGGAGAGACCAUCUCUCCAUGAACCAUUAGAGCAACGCGUCCGCAUCAUAUAUAUACACGCUUUUUUUUUUUUUUUUCAUUUCCAACGCACGAUAGCAGUGGUGGGUGCAUCGUGUGUGUGUACACGCGUAUUCUCUUUGGACGGCCGUAAGACUAUACGAAGCUAAUUAAUACGGCUGAGUCAUUAAUUGGUUCAGCGGGGAUCCUUUGUUGUUCAGCCGCCGCCGCCGCCGCCCGACCUAAAGAGACGGGCAGGUCGGUUUUUAAUACCUACGCUCCGGAUCUCGCACUAGCGCGCGCAUGCCUCUAAACCUCGUACCCCCACCCCGACGAGCGGAUAAACUUUUCACGGCGGUCUUGUACCAGUGCCGCCGCCGCCGCCGCGAUAACACCGACCGUGCAUCUGCAGACACUGCACUGCCGUCGUUACACGUCACGGGGUCGCGAACGCGCGAAAAACUAUCGCGUUUCGAGAAAGAUAAAAAACGAGUAACACGAUUGUUUCGGCGAGGGGUGGGGGGGGGGAGGCGAUGGAGGUUCACGCCCGACAAUAGCGCGUAAUUUUAUCGGGGGGGUAAAACAAACGCGUUAGUUUAAACUGUUGGAAAUAAUUACGUUCGGAUGCGGCGAAUUUUUUUUUCCGUUUUCGAUGUCUGUACCUGUUGCCACUGUGCUAGCCCGUGGCUGCGAUUCCCUUGUCAUUUUUCUGACAACAUGAUAGGUGACAUUCGAUCUGUACUUUGGUUUGAUGACUGUUAUCAAAUUAACGGUACACUGCGACAAUAAUUAUGGUCCACGUUGUAUCUGCGGAUACUGCACGCUGGUUUUGGUGUGCAGCUCGAGUAAAUGCAUUUUCACCGUGUACAUAUGGGAAAAGCGGUAAAGUCAAAAUUGGCCAUUUUUUUUUCGAUUCGCAUCAAUAUACCGUUACACGGGUAAUGUUUCGAUACUGUUAUCGUAUACCGUGUAUAAAUAAAUAGGGCGGAGCGGAGCAAGUGUGGCCCGUAAUUAUUUUGAAACGUAACUUUUGUUGGUUUUUCGGAUCAAUAUUUCUGUUGUAUUUUAACGGCGGCGGGCGAUCCAAGACUACUAUUCAAAUAAGUGUGGUGAGCGUAACUUUUGAUUUAUUCGUUUUUUACGUAUAUAUAUAUAUAUACACACGUAUGGACGGGGCGACACAUUAUAAUCUAUAUAUACACGUAUAAAAUAUGUAUCGCGUCGCCGUUUCGUUGCGGUACUCAAAAUGGCGAAAUAAGUCUGAAAUCGACGGGGAAAAAAUGAAAAAAAAAAACGCCAAUAAUAAUCGUAAUUAUUAUUAUGCGCGUCGGCCUAUCGAUAUUUAGCGAGGUCUCGCGUGUGCGCAUAACGGAGACUUCGUGUAUAUUAAUAUUAUAACAUAGCCACCUAUCUCGCGAUAUGGUUAGUCGAUUUUCGAGUGCGCUUUGUUCGGCGUGUAGAACGUAAUGAUAUUGUGUGCGUAUAAAUAAUAUAUGUAUGUAUAGGUACGAUAAUCAUAAUAAUAAUAUUAGGUAUAUAAGUUUUGCACCGUUAAACUAAAAAUUUUACGGUGUCGCCGGCCCGCGUACACGUGUAAAAGGGCACCGCUGCGGGUCACAUUUGCCUGUCUGUCACGCCGCUGCCGCCGUCGGGCCCGAAGGUCCAUUAUGGAUCACGUUUUCGGCCGAAAAAAUAUAAAAAAAAAAAAAAAACUAAUAAUAAUAUAAAUAAUGUAAAAUAUUCAAUCUCAACGUGCGCACACACAAACACACCGUGGAUAAUAGUAAUAAUAAUGGUAAAAUUGAAAAAAAAAAAAAAUGAAAUAAAGAAAAACCGCGCACGCGCGCAGGCGACGAAAAAAUAAUUAGUUUUUCUCUAUAGUCGUUCGAAUAUUCGUGCGCGUAUAACGCAAGUGUAAUAUUGUUAUAUAGGAUUGUGAAUUUUAAUGCUGUAAAAACGCCAUAAAAAAAAUAAAAAAAAAAAAAAUGUAUAUAUACUUGUACAAUAUAUUUGCAAAAUAUAAUAAACUAUAUUGUUGCUGGGUAUAUCAAUGGAGUUUACGAACAUGAAUAAAUGCGACGUUACAAAAUAAUACAUCGCAGUUAUAAAAUCGAAAUACUGGAACACCGAACAGCUGAAUUGCCAGAAUUAAUAUCGGGGAGGGGAGGGCAGCACGAAAUAAAACCGUCUAACAACGGCGAUUGAAAAACCGAGGAUAAAAUGUCGAAAUGUCUAAAAGUUUCAAAUCCGUUAUAUACGUCACAAUAUGAUUCGAAUUUAGUACUAAAAGUCGUGUGCGUGACAACUGCACUGUAGACUAUAGGGAUUUUUGUCUAGUAAAUCAUCGUUCUGUUUUUUUUUUUUUUUUUUAAUUUCCACCUAAAUUCAUCGAACAUUUCACCUCGCGUCGAAUCACUGUUGGAGCUAUUUACUACUUUCGUCCCCUUAACCCCACCCACCCCCACCGGUUAUGAAUACAAACUUACGGACCCACAAUUCGUAUGACACGGUUCUGCGGCGUAUUUGCCAUCUGGCCGUCAGUUUCUGUCGCCGAGUCGACUAGGCGAUUCGCGCGUACAAAACCCGGAUUAUUAAAAUAUUGUUUUCGUUUUAUCGUUUCGGUCACGGGCAGUAUAAACCGUAUACAUAUUACAUACCCGUAAAUUAUAAUGCGUGCAACGAGAGAGCGCUGUGUACGCAAUUUCCGGCCUCAUUAAUAUCGUAACGUAUUUGACGUCGACGGCGGCGAUCGUAAAAUAAUAAUAAUAAAAAGAAUAAAAAACAAAAUUUUACGUACUAUGUGCGCGCGCGCGUGUAUGACCCUCGCAGAGUACAAUAAAACUAAAAACGAGAAAAAAAACCGAGUCGCCGAAAAAAAAAAAAAAAAUGCCUUCGUCCGAAUAUUGGUUUACGUAUUAUUAUUACCUAUGGAUACCUAAAUAAUAUUGACAUCCGAAUCGGCCGUAUGCGCGCGGGAAAAUCGAACGUAGAAAAUCGAUUCGGCCAAAACAAAACUUCACCGCGACACUAUGUAUGACUGUAUGUUACCUAUGUUACCAGCUAUCGUUAAAGCAGUCUGCGACAUUCGGUCGGUAAAACGAUAGGAAACAAAAAUUAUAACGAAUCCACUCUAUGCCGGCCCGCGGUCGAGUUCUUUCCGCGUUUAGACUCGACGACUUUAAAGUGGUAAAAUUGAUUAGGAUCCCCCACCAAUGGCAAUUGUAUUUUCGAAUUAACGCGGUCCGGGGAAGGGGGUGGCGUAGUCGACGGUUAUAACGUUCUUGUCGCCCGCCCUUGCGGUUUUUUUCUUUUUUCAUCCCGCCCCCUCCGAGAGGCUAGUGCUAGGCACAAAUUUGUUAUGAAAGUGCCAAAAUAAAAUACAACACCGAAAAAUUAAACUGCUUUCGGAUUUCGUAUUUGUUGAAAUCUGAAAGCAUUUCAUAGUUUAAGUAAAGUGUUUUUUUUUUUUUUGAAUUUUUAUCCAGACAUUUAACAUUCAGGUUAAACACAGAUUUUUAUUGUAAUAAUAUUUGAUAUUUAUGAGAUUUUCAUGGGGCUCAAACAAAUGCUAUUUAAGAAUAGCAUUUGUUUUUUUUUUUUUUUUUAUUUGGGAAAAUCCGGAUUUUCAGACACCCAUCACUAAUAGCUGGUGAUGUGCCGCAGCCAGUAUGCGCGGCUCUCGUCGUCGCGGUCACGGAACGCGGACGACCGUCACCACACACCGUUCACGCGUCACCGCCGUGAACUCGGCGCAAUUUUGGGAACCCGCGCGCCGGAAUGUCGGGGCCCCGGUCGGCUCGGCGGUAAUAAGAAGCGAUACGAUCAGAGGAGCCGCCUCUGCUAUUUAGUCACACCUGCCAUGCGCGGGACCUUUGAUGUGGCCGCCGACACAGACGGCGCGCCCCGCGGCUAUUACCCACCGCCGAGGCACCGCGUAACUUACCGUAGCGCCGUAACACCGCCGCCGCCGCCGCUCACGGAACCCCCUCUCCUCCCGAACGACCCCCACCGCCGCUCGUCCUCCCCGACGCGGACGUGCGACACCGCCGCCGCCGACCGUAUUACCGGACUGCGGUACUUACGCGCCCCCCACCACUACCGCUCGCCGCGUUAUUACAAUAUUAUAAUAUUUUUAUUUUUUUUUUUUUUACGCAUACCGCGAGCGCGCGGUAUAUCAAAAUAGCUGCAGUCUACAGUACGCUCUACAGAAUAUUAUUAUUAUGAUUGUUUUACCGCACACGACUUCUUCGACCGUCGAUAAUAAUAUAAUAAUAUUUUGAAAUCGAAAGGACCCGCAGCGUGUGACGUUUAACACGUCGGAACGCCGCGAGGUUCGAGGAAGAUAAAGGAAAUUCGUGUUGCGCGUCCGAGAAGAAAACCGCUUGGUAUACAGCGUAGUCUUGUUCGUCGCCGCAGAAGGGUUUUUUACGCGUCGACUUCUCCGCGUACGAGUCGUCAAAAUGCCGUAAUACAGUCCGCGUGAAAUCGUAACGGCCCCAGGGGAUCGACCCGUUCCGGGGACAACGAUAACGCACGCGAAAACUGAAACAAUAAUAACAAUAUAAUCGUUGUAUAACAACAGGACACUGGUCUGUGUUUGCGGAUUGAAAAAAAAAAAAAAAAAAAAAAAAAAUGUAAAAAUUAAACCCCGAUAAAAAUCCGGAAUUCCGCGGUAUGUACAUCGUAGUGUUAUAUAAAUAGCGGAGGCCUCGGUCCCGCGGUCAUUAGUCGUCGGACGACUUUGAGACUUUUGAAAGGGACUCCGUUGUUCGCCGUUUUCCGAAAAAAUCCGUAGCUCGCGUAUAUUUAUACGUGUACGUAAUUAUUAUUAUUAUUAUUAUAAUCUGUGGCGGCCGAGUCGUGCAUUAAUUAUUCGCCGUUGGCCUGCUGUUGCUGCAGAACGAGAGAUGCCGAGAUGACGGAGAUUCGAAAAAUACACGUACCUACGCUGUAACAAAAAUAAAACGAUUGUUCGCGCCGAUACGUUUUUUUUUUUUUUUCGUUUUGCGUUCUAAACGUCUGUCUCGCGCGAUAUUAUGUUAGUAUUACGUGCCGGAAAAACGCGACGAGGAUCCGCCGCGAGCGACUUUUUCUCGGAUAUAUUCUCACGGGGGUGGGAGGGGGGGGACGGACGGGCACGGGACACCGUGCCGUCGUUGUGAACCAAAUUAUCGGACCGUGACGUCACCGCGGUCCGUGUUACCGGAGGGUAGUACGAGGGUAUUAUCGUACGGGUAUAUGUUUUUUUAGUGUAUUAUAUUAUACUUGUAUGUAGCGGUCGGCUUCGGUAGAAAAACACAACAACAACAACAACAACAACAAAAGAAACCGUAUACAACAAUAAUGCCGCGGUCUCUUGCCACCCACCGACUGUAAUAUUUUGUGCGGGAUUACCGAAACGUUAGAAAAAUAUCGUUUAAAACGGACUAAACAAAAAAUAAAAAAAUAAACCGUACAUUUUUCCGGACAACAUUAUCGUACAAUAAUUGUACGCUAAUAGCGUCCAAAACGUUUUCUCGUCUGUAUGAAAUAUCGAACGCGGUUACGAUUACUGGGCCUCGUACGCCGUACCGUUUGUACGCGCACCGAAAGUCAAACGGUGCCGGACGAUUCGCCUGUCGGGUGUAUUGCGUGGGGUCCGGUUUACGCGUGGCCGCCCGGGACGUCCGUGCGUCCGCUGUACGUAAGACGCGUGUUUCGGGCGACGUCGUCGAUCACUGCAAUGCGGUUCGACGACAGCGGACGACAGUUGUUACGGAAAAUGCGUUUGCCGUCUUCGGGGCACCGGACGAACGGUCGUACAGCGUACGAGAGCGAUUUCGCGACGUCGCGACCGACCGCAAGAGGCAGGCGACAGAGAAACGCGCGGUGAACCGCCGGCUCGCCGAUAAACUGCGUCCCCAAAACGCGCCCGUAUACUAAUAUACGAGUUAAUACUUAAAUCGCCUCUACAGUGUGUCCGACACGCGAACUUGGAAAAUCGAAUGUCAAAUCCUAUAUUAAAUUUUCACGGGCGCGACUGGACCGCCGGUUUUGGGAAUGUUAAAAUUACAGGCACACGCCACUUACCCGUGCCCCCACGGGUUCUGUGGCAAUGCAGUGCCUCGACAAUUUCUUUUGCACGAGGCCUGACGUGUAAGCGACUGCGCAUUUCGUUUACGGUUUGUAUUGCGAAAACGUAUCGUAACUUUUUAACUUGGUUUUUUUGUACAUGCGUGCGUUGUCCGUAGAUAAUCUAUAUUUUAUUCUCGUUAUCAAUUAUUAUGGAAUACACGGAUAAAAUAUUUAGUCGAUACCGUAUAAAACACCUAUUGGGCAUUUUGUUUAGGGUGCCAAAGAUCGUCUUUUACCCCUUCCGGUCGCGCCUACAGUCAUUUUAUUACGCGGACGACGACCGGUGUGGUAUACGACAUGGAAAAACGUCCACGUUCCUUGUGUUCGGUUCCGAACCCGCGCGAGCGCAUUUCCCCCCCGGAACGUAUAAACGACACAUACGUCGUCGUCUUCGGCCUUCGUAUAAUAUAAUAUUAUUACGUUUGAAAAUCGUUGACUAUUAAAUCCGAGGAGACGUACUAUAUACGGCGCGUUUCACCGCGUAAUACAAUAAUACUAAACUUGUCGUUUGCUCGUUAGUUAAAUUAUGAACUCCUAUGUGUAUAUGUAUACUGUUACCUAUAUAAUACGUGUUAUAUAGGUAGGUAUAUAAGUGUACAAUAAUAUAAAUUCACAGAUUACAACAAAUUAGUCGGUGGAAUUCGGUCGUCGACGGCUUCUUCUUUUUUUCCGUCUCUCUCUCUCUCUCUCUCUCUCUCCCUCUCACUCUCACUGUAUACGUCUGAAACGUAUAGGUACGAUCAGCCGUGUGUCGGUCACCGGUUUUUUUUUUUUUUUUUAAAUUUGUAUUUCUUUAACACUUGUUCUGUUGCGCGCGAGAGUAUUUUACGACGUUUUACUCCUAAUACGUGUGUAUAUAAGUAUAAAAAAACGAGCGCGGGUGUCUGUCCGUUCUCGUCUCGUGAAACUUUUCGCAAUUACUGUUAUUUUGUACGGGUAUACGUCACGUUUCUAUUCUGUGUUUUCGACCAACGAUUUUAUGUUUGCGAAAUAAAAACCCACAUAAUAAACAUCCAUUUUUCGGGAAACACGCGUAUGAUUUACAAUAUUCGAAAACGAUUUGCUGACUACAAUUGUAUUUUAAAGUGCAAUAAGCGACUACCGAAAGGGGACCGACGUGGGAACCCUCAUCGUGGCCUCAGAAAUGGAGGAUGGCUAAACAGUAUAAUCUGGGUGGAGCCGAAUACUGCACCCUCCUGGAUAGUCGUAUCGUGCUUGUUAUUUAUAUACUAUAUACCCUUGCACCGGUGAAAAAGCCCCGCGGGAUAAAAAAAAAACGACCGUAGAAGGGCGUGUUAUUAUAGGGGAUUUCGAACCACUCCCGUAAUACAUAUUUAUUUAAAAAUAAAGAUGAAAAACCGUUGAUUUUAAAUCGUUCGUAAUGCAUAAUAUAGUAGUAUGAAAAAGUCAGACUCGAAAUCAAUAGGAAAAACGGUCUGAGUCACGAAGUCAACUGCGAUUUAACACGGUUACUCCUAUUAUGUGCUCCUAACUGAUAUAGAAAUAAACUAAACAAAAAAAGGAAAAAAGGCUUUGAUGAAUUAUUUUUUUUUUUUUUUAGAGAAGCCGUUGGCAAUCUAUAGAAUUAUAUUUUAGUUUAAGUACCGCCGUUGGAAGGAAAUUACGUGUUUUUUUAAGUUAGUACGGUUAUUAUGUGAAAGUUUCAGAGGAUUAUCAUUACUAACCCAAAAACAUGGUGUUUAUACACGCCCAUUGGUGUUAAAUAGCUCAGAAACACGGCCUAUCAGUAGGUGUAACGAAAGAAUAAUGACGGACGUUUUUUCGAAAGAAAAAUCCCGAGGAGAAUUUGUGGACCACACAAGUAAGCUCGAAUUGGGAAAUAGAGGAUAAGAUAACGUCUGGAUCUAUUAAAACGCUCCCUGGCAUCACAAAAGAAAAAUUAGUGAGAAAAGUAAAACGAGGGGGACAUGCGUGAAAACAAUCCCGCAAGAAAACCAAACUAAUAGACCUCGUUAGCAUUAUGAUGGCGAAUCGGAGAGAGGCAGUAGAGGACAGAAAUAGACAGAUGCGUAUUUGAUCGGAGGACUGGACUUAGAGGUCGUUACCCAUACUGAAAAAAAAAAGCGUGGCGGAAAAUCCAAAAAAACUAAAAGGAAACCUGAUCCCGGAGUAAAUCUGGUAAUUCGGUUUCAAUAUUUGGAACGGUCUCCUGUCGUACGCGUUAUAGAUUUAUGUAACGCCCUGCGCAGGCGAUCGCAAUGUCUUUUAACGUUUGGCAAGUCUUCAGGUCCUUUUAUUUCGUCGCGGGCACGCGGAGACCUCACGAACAGAUGUGCGAAACGUGUACGGCCGGUGAAACGAUAAAAAUUAGAAACGACUCGUUCGUCCGAAUACCGCGGACGACGGCGAUAAUAAUAAUAAUAAUAUUAGUCUCGGCGAUUACGGCGCGGGAUAAACGGCAUUUUAUUUUCCCGACAGUUAUUAUUAUACCGAGCUCGAGCUUUCGGAAAAGAACGUCGUCGUUUUUUUUCUUACGAGUUUUUUUCGUCCGCUCGCGGAGAUUAUUCGCGUGACGGCCAACGACGGUUUGCCGGAGUUUUUUUUUUCUGAAUUUGUUUUUGAUUUACGCGCGAUCGUAAACAACGCAACAAUAAUAUCGACAAUAUUAAUAAAACAACGAUAAAUUAUGGUCGGCUCGUGGUAAUAGUCGCGUAUUACGAUAAUAUUAUACGGCGCGCGCAUUGACAAUUGCAUAUAAAUAUUCAAUAUAAUUAUCAUUUUCAAACGUUCCGAUUCCGGCCGCAAUCUGCGAGUGAUUUUAUUUUUCGCCCGAGAACGCGGUAUUUAUUUAUAAUGCCGGUCGGCCUUUAAUAUUGUUACAGUACAAUGACUUUAAUAAAGUCUAUCCGAUAUGGUUCGUCCUUAUAUCGCUUAUUAGUUUGAUUCUGAGACAAUUUUAAAAACAUUCCUGGUUCUCUGUGUAUUUAAGAUUUUUUAACGAUUUUUUGUCAGCGUUCACAUAGAAAUCGCGUGUCAAUAACGCAAAUUACUUUUGAUUUCUGGUGAUUAUAUAAUUGAAACAACAAAACAUUACAAAUCCGCGGUUAUAACUUUUUUUUUUUUGUCAAAAAUGACGUUAGGACCCUAUUUGUAUGGAUCGUAGGGUUCUAUACCGAUUUCACAAAUGUCUGCGAAUUUCGACGACAAAUACGAAUAUGUUCGGAUAGUUUAUUUAUAAAUUUAUAAUUCGAUUCGCGACGGACGUCUACUCGGGACCUUUACCUUUUUAAAUACUGUUAACGACGAACACUAUUGAAGCCAUUUACAAUCAACAUUAGUCUUAACGAAGGGUUCGGUCGGGUUUAAUUAUCGACAUAUUAUAGAAUAGUUAUUACAUUAUUGUGUGUUACGGCAAAACACCGAUUCGAAUAGAGAAUAAUAUAUCAUUCAAAAUGACUUUAUCAAACGCAAUACGAAACAACCAAAUAUUCGUUUUUCAAUAUGAUAUAAUCAUACUCAUAGUCAUAUAAUCCUAAUUAUAUAUAGGUUAUGACUUAACUUAUAACGCACUGAGUCUCAGUCCAUUAUUCAGACAUCGGGUUACCCGAAACGGGUAUCUGGGAUGAACAAAGAAACGUUUUUCAUGUCUCUUUUUUUCCACGAAGAGCAUUUGACAACGUGUAAUAUAAUCGUCUUUAUGGUAUUAUUUAUGACAAAUGAAUUGCAUUGCUUCAAAUCGAAAAAAAAAAGAAGAAAUAUUUUUAUUAUAUUUUUUCUGAACGUCUCUUUUUGCCCAAUAUGUCUACCGAAUUUUCGCUCAAUUCCAAUGUAUACACUAUAAUAGGUAUAAUAGGUUUUAUGCUCGAUCUAUAUCGUCAUGUUAAGUAUAAACAAAUAUACACGAAAUGAACGAUCGUGUGCGAUUGGCACGUCUGACAGUUGAAAACGGCGAAUUUAACGCGUUAGAAAAACCUCUAAUAAAAUCCUCAAUAGCGCAGCUCAAAAUACAAGUAAAACUCCUUCCCCCCCCCCACCAUCUCAAAAAACAGUUUCGAAACGUGAAAAACUUAACGUGUCUCGUUGUCUUCUUGUUAAUAGGUCUAAACAUAGAAAAAAAACCUAUUCGAAGUAGCGGUUAGUUUCUAUAGUUUCUGUUGUAUAAGAACGAGGCGAUUUUUUUUUUUUAAUAACUCCCCGACGGGAUAUUCAUCACGAGUACCGUUUGGUUGGGUUGAAAAAGACAAUGACGACGACGAAAGCCGGAUUUAUCAAUGUAUUUUAAUAUGUAGUGUAUACACCGAGAGUGGGUGGGUUGAAUCGGAAAAAUCGGUUUCGCUCCUCCCAUUUCGCACAACUUCCGUCUUAAUAAACUCAAUGUAAUAUUAUACCGCUCGAGAGCGGUUCAUCGGUCAAAAAUCGUAAAAUAUAUAAAAUCUAUUUAUUUAUGUAUAAAUAUUUAUUUUUUUUCUUGUAAACCAUUUUCGGUUACGUGUAAUAUAUUCCAUCGGAAACACCGACCGACAGACAGACGGACAUUGUCGGAUGCGAUUUUCACCAAUGUGUUUCUACGCUCAAACGAUUUUAUAAGAAUACGUGUAUUAUAUAUGUAUACAUAGGUUUACGAGAGUACCGAACUGAAAUCAUAAAAGAAAACCGAAACAUAUUUCGACGUAUACUGUAUAUACUGAGAGGCGUGAUAUCUCGUCGAGUUUAAUUGCCCGGAAACCAUUCCCGUCCGUGUUCCACGACGUUAUGUUUUCCCUGACGAAAUAUCUUAUUAAUGAAAAAAAAAAAAAAAAAACAAUCCAGACAAAGGAUUUAUUCUGUACGUUCGAUCGAAUACAAUAAGUCGGAAAACUGUAUUUUCGACGAGACCGGCAAACCGUUUCCUCCGACCGCACCCCGCGUAGUUUGUAUCGAAUUGUAAAAUAUACGCGUGUACCAAAACAGCCGUUGUUAAUAAGGUCGGUAAUAUAGUCGGCGGCAUUUUCGUAUUAUUAUUUUUUUUUUUAAACAAAAAAUAUUCCGAUAUCGCGUUGGCCGGGUAAUAUUUCGUCGGGAACGCGUUCAAAACGACUACUAGCGCCUAUUUAACCGACGACGAUCGGAAACGAAAAUAUGACGCGGUGAUCACUAUAUUAUUACAAUAUCCGUAUUACGGUCUCGACUGUUAAAGGUCGUCGAAAGGCGUGUUUUUGGUGGGGGUUUUUUUUGGGGGGGGAAGGGUUUGAGUGUGUCCAUUUACCUGAGUUAUUACUAGUCGUCUAAUAUUAUACUGAAUUUAUUGUAUCGUGUCGUUGAUCGUUUUUGUUUUUUUUUUUUUUUUCCAGACACCAGUUCCUCCAGCCACUUGAACCUGUUCAACUCCCGGGCGCAGCCCAAAAAGAAACGCAAGUCGCGCACCGCGUUCACCAACCACCAGAUCUUCGAGCUGGAGAAACGGUUCCUGUACCAGAAGUACCUGUCGCCCGCGGACCGGGACGAGAUAGCGUCCAGCCUGGGCCUGACCAACGCGCAAGUGAUCACGUGGUUCCAGAACAGGCGGGCCAAGAUGAAGCGGGACUACGAGGAGCAGAAAAAGGACCGGGAAACGUUGGCGGCGCUCAGCGAGCACAAGAUAUUCCUGGAGACGGCGCAAAACAUGGGCAUACUCAAGAAGAAACCCCAACCGGCCGCGUCGGCGGCGGCCUCUUGCGGCGGUUCGCCGUCCGACCCGGUCAAGUACGACGAAUAGACGGCAUGCCGGUAUCAAACGGACACACCCUGUACAUAAUAUCCGGUUGUCGUGUCCCCGGUAGUCUGCGCGAUGCGUGUACAUUUGUAGAGGUUUCAAUAGUAAUAACACACGCAGAAAAAAAGAAAAAAACGAAAAAAAAAAAAUUAUACAAACUAGUGUUCCUUAUCGGCUUUGCGCUUAUCGAAAACGAAACAAAUCCAAUACCGCGAGAGCACCCUACGCCCGCGUUUCCUAUCGCAUCUCGUCGUGUACAAUACCUAUUUAUAAUAUUAUAUUAUAGACUCUUACUGCAGCCCGUCGAGAAAUCCGUUUCGUUCGCGAUCUCGUCGUCGUUUCAUUACCGUAUAGGAUAUUAUGUGUUGUUCUACCCCUCCUCCUCCACCUCCCCCCCCCCUCGUAAAUGGAUUUUUUUUUGAUUUUUCCCUCGACUCCUUACAUUCAUAGAGAAAAAAAAAAAAUCAACGAAAAAUCACCGAACAAAACCGCUUCGCGUGUGUUAUAUACUCGUCCUAGUCUAUUUUCCCUCGUCCAUAAUUAUUAUACAAUGUGUGUGCGUUGUACAAAUAAAAAUAUCGCGACGAAUAAUAUUUAUAUUAUUUUUUUUUUUUUUUUAUUAUCGAUUAUUGAUAACGCGAAAACUAACGAUUCGUUUGUUUUCGAGUAUAUCACAUUAUAAAAAUAGUCCAAUUUUUAAGGCCGUUGUUUGUGUAUAGUGUAUUCGAAAUCAGUACUAUGGUGUAGUAUAAUAUUUUGUGUUUGUCGUAAUUUGCACACGCUGCAUAUUCUCAUAUUGCUGUGUAAGCACGUAGCAUUAUAGACCCCGUUUACCUGCAGUGGCGGCCAAUUGGUCUCGAUUCCCAACAACCCGCCGAGUUCGUUUGGCUUCCCCGACUUUGAUCUGAUCAACGAAAUUGACGAGUUACCAAAAUAUUAUUGCGUCCAACGGCGCGCGAAAAGACGGAAGUUUCAAAUGCGGCGGCGCGAGCGUUUACAUUCGCACGGGCCAAUUUGCGCCGCUGCGGUCUUCACGCGCGAAACGGCUUUUGUGUGUGCCCGGAACACAAAACAACAGCCGUUUUCGGACGAUUCGUGUUUUUUAGCUGCGAUUUCGGCGCUGAAAAAACCGUCGCACUCGCGGUGUAGGUAGUGUAAUGAAUUAUUUUUUAGACCGUUACUAUACCCCAUCGAAUAGACAAUACGAGUGCGUGUAAAACUCAUCUUUUACGGGGGAGGAGGGGGUAAAUGUAUGCGUGUAUAUAAUAGGUACGUAAUGUUUGUAUUGUUAAAAAUAUUAUACUAAUAUGUAAUAAUUAUUUUCUAAUUAUUAUUAUCGAUUACUAUACCUAAUAAUGUAAUAAUAAUAUGUAAAUUAUUAUGUAACAAUUUAUUUACCUAUAUAUACGCUUGUUAAAUUUGUUCGUUCG